CUGAAGUGUGUGUUAUCAGGGAGGAGGCUGGGGCAGCUCUGUCUGCCAGGGGACAGUAAGGAGGCAUUGUCUAUACCCCACAUGGGGGGCAUGGGUUUACAUGUUACCCCUCAUCCCUGGAAAUCCAGAACACCGGCAGCAGGGGGAAGCGUCCAUAGCAACGCCAUAGAGAGCCAGCCCUCCUGUACAGAGACAGUCAGAGAGUUUCCUUUACAAUAUAAGGUAUGCUGCUGGGACAGUCUGUGCUUACACUUUAUCAAACCCCAUCUCUAUGAAUCUUCACCUCUGUGCUUUGAUUUAAUUUUCUCCCAUCUAUGCAUAACAAAUCAACAAAUAAAACAAUUACAUUUAAAAAUAUAAUCUCCAUGUGAAAGGUGUGCAAAUGACAUGAAAGCUAGUGAAAGUUAAACACUGUAUUUAUAUUUAUGAAUUCAUCAUUUAAAAAUAAUGGAAUAUAAAUGUAUAUAGAUUUUUUUUUUCCCAAUGCACUUCUAACAGAAUUCGUAAAAAGACAUUAUUUUACCAAAACUCAGUAUUUAGCCAAUGAAGGAUGAUAGCAGAUGUUUUAAAAUGGGAAUAACUGCUGACACUUGUGACAUUUUUAGUUUAAUGGGUGAUGGGGUUUAUACAUUUUUAACAUAAUGUUGCUUUCAUGUCACCUCAAUACGGACAUCAGCACUAUGUACCCCGUAUGCAAUAGCCGACACAGCUCGCACAUGGCCGGAGUGCGGGGGAGCUAAACAGGUACCCGGGUGUUGGAGUAAUUAUUCUCCACCCGGCUCUAUAAAAAAAAUAAUAUAUAUAUAUCCAUAUGUAUAUCGAGGCCGCGGGGGCGGGGCUUAACGAGCGGCGGGGGCGGGGCUUUUUGCGAAGCGGGGGCGGGGCUAAUACCUUCCCGAAGCCCCUGGUAACUGCUGCACAGGAAGACAUAAGGAGUCCCUGCUUCCCCAUCAACCAACUCCUUCCACUGGAAAGAGGUAAGUGUGUGUGUGUGCCUGUUUGUGUGUGUGACUGUCUGUCUGUGUGACUGCCUGCCUGUGUGUGACUGUCUAUCUGUGUGUGUGUGUGUGUGACGUUGUGUGUGCCUGUGCCUGUAUGUCUGACUGCCUUUAACUGAGUAUGUGUGUGUGUGUGUACAUGCCUGUAACCGAGUUUAAAUUUCCCCCACCCCUUUCUGUCAAGGCCGCACUUUGACUGACAGACGCACACUCACUGACAGACACACACUGUCAUAUACACUGACAAACAAUGACACACACUGACAGACACACACUCUCACUGACAGACGCACGCACUCACUCACAGACGCACGCCCCCACUGACCAACACACACAUUCACUCACAGACACACAGAUAAACACUUACACACACACACUUACUUAGACACACACACAUAAACACUUACAGACACAUACACACAUACACCUCCAGACACACACACAUUCACUCACAGACACACACACACAGACAUUUCCGCCAACAAUCAGAAACGAAUAUUUUUUUUAAAUUUUAUUUAAAAUCCACCUAGCCUCCCUGGGAGAGCUGGAGUUGAUUUCUUACCUGCAGUCCAGUGUGGCUGCUGGGCGGGCAGGCAGGCAGGCACGGAGCGCAUAGGCUGAGUAGGCGGCGCUUAGUGAUGCCGGGAGCCGGACUGAUGUCAUAUUCCGGCUUCAUUAAGCUGCGCGGAGGGAGCUGAGCAGGAAGAGCUCAGGUGAGUAUGCCAGUCUCCAGCGGGGGGACUCAAAAGUGGCCAGCUGGCCAGCUCUUGAGCCCCCCAGGACGCCUGGGCUUUUGGGGGCAGCUUUUUUUGCCACCCCCUGCAAAGUGCCGCCCAAGGCAGAUGCCUUGUUUGCCUCGUGAUACACACGUCCCUGGUGCCUGUGUGUGUGACUGUAUACAGGCAACUUGGUGGGGGGUCGCCGUGUAGACUUUUCACACAGGGCGCCUAAUUGCCUAAGGCCGGCCCUGGUUGCAGUCAACACCAUCUUGAAGGUAAGGAGCCCUAAUCAUCCCCUUGGUCUUAAAUUCUCUCAAUUCUAAAUUGUCCUUAAACUUCAUCCCCCUAAUCCUAACCCCCAACAUUAGGUUUACCCUAAUUUCCCCUAAUCCCUAGUUGUACUCGAUUGGUGUUAUGGUGCUAUAAACAGUCCUAUUGUUCACAGCAAAACAACUUGCAGUGUUUUUAUGCAAGCAGCAACAUGUCUUUGUCACUACAGGGACUUUGGCAUUUAAAAUACAAGGGUUAGAUGGCAACGAUUUAAAUGUUUAUAAAAUGAAAAUAUAUGUUAAACAUAUUAACACAAUUUGCUCAGCUUUUGGAGCGCGGUAGUUUUCAUAUAUGAUAUAUUUUGAUUCUGCAUUCUGGUAUUUCAGCGUUAGUUUUACUUAGUAAAAUGAAGGUCCUCUCAGAAGCUUGCAAUGAAUCUGACGCUGAAUCUGGGGAUGAUGACGAAGGAGACGAAGAAGCUCUCUCAGGUGACUCUGAUACCGAUAAUGAAAACCUCGAAAUAAAGUUCAUAAAGAUGCAAGAUCCUCAAUCAGACACUGUGGGCCUUGGACAAGAACCUCUAGAUCUUCCAGAAAAUGAGGGUCUUGUUGAACUGGAUGGUAUACUGAAAGAAAAUAACUUGGAUUUGAACACACCAGUAGCAGAUCCAGGAGUAGAUCCACCCAAAAAGAAAAAGAAGAAAAAACGCAGGUCUUUUACCGUAUUGUUUUAUCAUACAAUCAGCAACAUUAUCUUUAUUAAAUCAUUCAAGGUUAUUCACUAAAGUGAGAAUUUAAAGUGAAUUUCAAAUUUGACGCCAAGGUAGCGAAACUGGCAGGAUAGCCAACUUGGAGAAUUUUUCCAGUUUGGUUAUUUUGCCAUAACUUUUAAAUUCACUUUUAAUUCUCAUGUUAGUGAAUAACCCUGAUUGUUUCUUUCUUAUGCAAAAUGCAGUUGAACAUUAAUACAAAUGCAUUUAACAAUGAGUUAAACAAUAUGUUGAAAUGCAUUUGUACUAACUUUCUACUGCAUUUUGCAUUAUGGUACGCUCUGUUUCAAAGUCCAUAGUGUACUGCUUUUAACUUAUUUUUUAUAUUUAUUCAUUUAGAAUAUAGUUUUUUGGUUUUUUUUCUUGCACCUUCCAAAUUCCCCUGUUACAGGUGCAGGGUAUAUAUUGUAUUUACCUAAUUUUAUAAAUGACAAACUCACCAUUAUGAUGAUGUAACAUGUAUGGCAGUGAAGCAGCAAGGCUACAUUAAUGCACCUUUUUAUUUCUUUUUUUUAGGUCCAUUGGUAUCAACUUAGUAAACUGCAAGUAUGAGAGUGGUAAGCACAGUUUUAGUGAUAUAAUUAUAUGCUCCAUCUUAAAAGGCCGAUUUAUGACUCCCAUCAUACUCAGCCAGAAUAUCAUGAGUGUCAAACAAUGCAUUAACAGCCAUGCAGCAGGGCUAAAAUCCCCGUGUCCCGGAUAUCGGGUGAUAGGAAUUCCCCAUCCCAGAGCCAGGUAUCUGGAAAAUGUGCAUAGAUGCUGUAGACUGCUACAGCAAGUCAUUUGUUUACACCUGACAUAAAGUGGUUGUUUUUACAAAAUUGUUACUAAUAGACAACUUGUGCAAGGUCUGAAAGUGGAGCAGUCACCAUGGAAAUCAAUAAAAUAUUCUACUCAUUCCAUCACUUGUAUUUCAGUGCGUCGAGCUGUUCGUAAGUGUGGAUUCAAGGAGGUUGGAGAUGACGAAGAAUGGACCGUUUUUUGGACAGACUGCUCUGUGUCACUGGAACGUGUAAUGGAUAUGAAAAGAUUUCAGGUCCUUUGGCUCGAAAAACUAUUUUCUUAUAGAGGUGGGAAGGUCACUGAGCAGAAAAGAAUUCUGGGCAAUUUAGAGGCAAAAAAAACCAUAAGCAAUGCACAAAAUGUGUGAUCUUCCAGCUAUGUGCAAGACUACGUCUGAAUUCACUGGAAUAUGUCCAAACGGGAUAGUAAUUAUCCAAAUUCUUAUAUUUUGUAUCCAGACUUUUGCAGGGAUAUUUAUGUUAGCAGAGUAAAUUCCUUCAAAUCUAGAUGGCAUAUUCUGCGUCAUAUAUGUAUCAUUAUUCCUCAUUAAACUGCUUUGGUGAAUAUCCAGAAGAUACAUUCAGGUAUUAGCCAUGAGUUAGGACAUUUAUAGCAUAUUUUCAAAGCAAGAGUGUUGGGACAACCUACGCAGUCUACAGUGCUGUUUAAGCAGCAGAGUAAUGUAAAACCUAAUGUACAUUUGUCUAACAUCUAAUACUAGUUACAUUACUGACUCAUUGAAAUUAACAUUUGAAGAGCUUUUCUGAUAGUUGCUAUGUCUCUUAUAUAUCCCAUUUAACAGAAAAUAAACCACUUUCCAGGAAUGAGCGAGAUAUGCAGGAAGGACUUACUGGCAAGGAAUAUGAACCGACUCUUAAAGCUUUUCCCUAAAGAGUACAAUAUCUUUCCACGGACAUGGUGCUUGCCUGCUGAGUGAGUCUUUUAAUCAAAGACUAUGAUUAUCUGACAGAUCUUUCAUGUAGCCAAAGUUGAAAAACCAAUAUAAGAAGUGAAACAUGCCAGUGGUACAUUUAUACCUCUGUAUUUGCAUUGAGAUAUGUGAAAAAUAGCUCUAUGUUUUAAUCCAUAUUAAUGAAGGCUCAGUGAAUGCACACUGCAUAAAAAAUUCAUUACACUAAAGGGUUAUUGACUAAUCCACAGAUCAACGCUCUAGCUGCCACUAAAUACUCCUUGUCUCUGUCAACUUUAUUUUUGUCUGUUGAUUUCUUGUUUUAUAACUCCCCUCCACCCAUUCCCAUCCCUCUCCCCCUGUAUAAUUGUAGAGUGCUGCAGAAAAUGUUGGCACAAUAUAAAUGUGAUAAUACACAGAGUAGGAAAGAGUGUUUAAGUGGCACUUGAGUUAUGCUAUUUUCCAUUCUUAUCAGAAGCCCAACAGCCCUGUUCUGGUCCAUGAAAUGUUUGCGACUUCUAUUGGGUAACUCACAUUCUCUUAUAAAUGAUGUGUGAAAUAAUGUAUAGGAAAUGCCUUAAUAUUAACCCUUUCUCUACCAAGGUAUUCUCGUUACAAAAUAGUACAAGCAUUGUUUGAAACAAGGGAUUGAAUGAUAGCGCAUAAUUGUAGGAUAACAUAUCAGAUUAAAUGGAUUCUAUAGUGUAAGAAAAAUACAAAGUUGAAACGUUGCUGGAUUAAUUUUGUUCCUAAUAAAUGGCCUUAUUAAGCUCUUUAGUGCCUGGACAUUUUUCUUACCUUGAUUCAUUAUCCUUAAAGGGACACUAUAGUCACCCAGACCACUUCAGCUCAUUGAAGUGGUCUACGUGCAGUUUCCCUAUUGCCCUUAGUCCUGCAAUGUGAAACAUAGCAGUUUUAGAGAAAUUGCAGUGUUCACAUUGCAGCACUAAGACAGCCUGUGGUAGACAGCCAUAGAGGCGCCUUAAGGAUUUUACCGGACUUUAGGUCACCCAACUGAUGCUGGACGUACUCACGCUGUGCAUGAGAACAACCAUUGUCAGUUAAAUCCCCAUAAGAAAAGCAUUGAGUCAAUGCUUUCCUAUGGGGAGGGCCUAGUGCUCUUGUGGCGAUCACCGCUCUUGAGCAUUUGCCCCCCCAUCAGAUGAUGUCAGAGGAUGCAGAGCACUGACCCAGCGCCAAGGGACAAUCGGGUAAUCGGGUAAGUGACUAAAGGAUUUUUAACCUCUAUUGGCCAGGGGCCAGCAGGGAGGGGGAGGCAGAGGAAACUAUAGUGUUAGGAAGACAGGUUUGUCUAAAAGUGAUAACUAUGAAUUGAAUGUUAGUAAUGUAGAGUGAUCAUGGUAUCUGUACCAUGGAUAGGUGACAUUUGAUACUCCGUCUACCACGAGCUGUCACUCCUAGAAAGCUUUGCAUUUUUUCAUUCAAGUGAUUAUGUAUUUUUGUAAUUGUUACUUCUAAAACCCAUUUUUUUUGUUCCACAGUUUCGGUGACUUGCAGGCCUACUGCCGCACAAAGAAAAACAAGACCUAUAUUUGCAAGCCUGACAGUGGCUGCCAAGGUCGUGGGAUUUUUUUAUCCCGCAAUCUGAAAGACAUUAAACAUGGUGAUCACAUGAUCUGUCAACAGUACGUUUCUAAGGUAACAGAUUGAAAGAGUUUGGAGAGAGUAUGUUUAAUCAUUACCUCAAGAGGCAUCUUUCCUAUUUCCAAAACUAUACUGCUAUGGUCUACUUAGCAACCAUUGAGAUUUACUUUUGUAAUGAUUACUAAGUGUAAAUAUCCCCAGACGGGUUCAUUUUUGCGCAUUAAUGAGAAAGCAAUCACAGCUUUGCCUAUUAGUGUCUUAUUUUAUUACUACACCAAUUGCUAUACAUUUACCAAGAGAAAGGCUUUUUCUUUUCAAACCUCCGUUAUGGAGAUUUAAAAUAAAAUCUUUGAGAAUAUACGAACCAGAACUGUUCAAACCUAUUCCUUGAGGAUCAGAAUCAAAGUGGAUUUUUACAUUGAAGAGUUUAUUCACUAAACAACCAAUCGUAGUGAAUGAAAACCAUAUUGCAAAAGUUAGGCUAAAAUAGCCAAGAUGGAAAUGUUUGCAAAUCAGAUAUAUUGACCUGAAUUUUAGAAUUUGGGUUUCAAGUUACUAUGAUUUUGAAUGCUAAGGUACACAUAAAAGUUCUGGAGUACGCUUUAUCCAGUUUUGCAGUCUAUGUGGAAUUUGAUUUGCUUCAACAAAUGACACAGUAUAAUUAAUUAAUAUUGCAAUAUGUUUAAAGGACCACUAUAGGCACCCAGACCACUUCAGCUUAAUGAAGUGGUCUGGGUGCCAGGUCCCUCUAGGAUUAACCUUUUCUGCUGUAAACAUUUUUUUACAGCAGAGAAUUUUCACAGUGAGAAGACGCCAGCGUCCAUAGGAAAGCAUUGAGAAUGCUUUCCCAUGAGACUGGCUGAAUGCGCGCACAGCUCUUGCCACGCAUGCGCAUUCAGCCGAUAACGGCAGAAGAAGGAGGAGAUUCCCCAGCGCCGAGGGAGCCCGGCGCUAGAAAAAGGUAAGAUUUUAACCACUUCCUCACCCUAGAGCCCGGCGGAAGGGGGGCCCUGAUGGUGGAGGCGCCCUCAGGGCACUAUAGUGCCAGGAAAACGAGUAUGUUUUCCUGGCACUAUAGUGGUUCUUUAAGUAAUCAUUUGGGGAUUUUAUAAUAUACUGCAUGAUUUUAUAAUAUACUGCUAAUUUAUAUUUGAUUUAAUUACAGCCAUUCCUCAUAGAUGGAUAUAAGUUUGAUUUGAGAAUAUAUGUCCUUGUCACAUCUUGUGAACCUCUGCGGAUUUUUAUCUACAAUGAGGGCCUGGCCCGUUUUGCAACCAUGAAUUAUACAGAUCCCAGCAACAAUAACCUGGUAAAUAUAUUUUAUGGAAACCAAAACUGUUCCUUUAACCACAUUUUUAUUCCAAGAUGAAAACAUUCAAUAUUUUUUUUAAUUUUAUUCUACUUUGAUGAAGCAAAUCAUGCUUCUUUUCACUAUGCAUUGUUACUAAAAUCAGGGCCGGCGCAACAGUUAGGCGAACUAGGCAUUCGCCUAGGGCACCGGCCUGCUGGGGACGCCUGCCAUGGUAUCUCCUGGUGGGUUACCUCCCCUGUCUGGUGCCGCAGCACUGGGCGGAUGGCUCUUGAGCCGCCAACCAGCGCCGGCCGAUCGUCAAGGUGCUCGAAGGUGGGGGCACCAAGAGGAGCCAUGUUACAGGGGGCCAGGAGUUGGCCACCUUAGGGCGCCCCCGAAGCUGUGCUAGGUAAGGCAGAGCAGGCACCUGCUUACCUUGAUGGCAGGUGCCUGCUCUGCCAACAAAUCCCAAUGACCGUCCGGAUGAGAGGUGGAAGGACAAGCCAGGCCUGUUCUUGCAGCCUCUCACUCCUCCCUCUUGCGCCCUCUGUGAUGCCGGGAGCCAGAAUAUUACAUCAUUCCGGCCUCAGCAUAUUAAACAGCGCGCUGGAGGAGUGAGGAGCUGCCCCACACUGUACAUAGAAACAUAGAAUGUGAGGGCAGAUAAGAACCAUUCGGCCCAUCUAGUCUGCCCAAUUUUCUAAAUACUUUAAUUACUUCUUGGCCUUAUCUUAUAGUUAGGAUAGCCUUAUGUACCCCAGGGAGGUGAGUGUCUGACUGUCAGUAAGUGUCUACCUGUGUGUGUGUCUGUCAGUGAGUGAGUGUAUGUAUGUCAGUGAGUGUCUGCCUGUGUGUUUGUCUGUCAGUGAGUGACUGUUUGUGUGUGUGUGUGUGUGUGUGUCUGUCAGUGAGUAUGUAUGUAUGUCAGUGUGUGUGUAUGUGUGUGUGUGUCAGUGAGUGAGUGUAUGUCAAUGAGUGUCUGUCUGUAUGUGUGUGUGUGUGUGUGUGUGAGUGUUUGACUGUCAGUGUGUGUGUCUGUCAGUGAGUGAGUGAAUGUAUAUCAGUGAGUGUGUGUGUGUGUGUGUGUGUGUCUGUCACUGAGUGUAUGUAUGUCAGUGAGUGUGUGUGUCUGUCAGUGAGUGAGUGUAUGUGUGUGUGUGUCUGUCAGUGAGUGAGUUUCUCUGUGUGUGUGUGUGUGUCUGCCCAGUGGCGUAUAUAUAGGGGCCGCAGCUGCGACCGGGCUCGUCACUCCAGGGGGCCCGGCCGCCCUGCGGACUCCUGCGACCGAGUACCAGCCACCAUGUUUUGCAGCCCUGGCCCGCGCGACAAACCAUCAGGGCCACCGUUCAAGGGGUCCAUCGGGUGGCCCAUGCUGUUAGGACCACCCGAGGGAGAUGGAUCAGGGGGCCCGGUCAGCGCUGCGACCGGGCCCCCUGUGAUGAGAUCACAUGCUGGGAGGAAGUGACUGCCCCUGUCACUCCUCCCAGCAUACAAAGAGCCCGAGCAUGAGGAAGCAGAGGAGGGAGUAAGAGUGGGAACUCUAAUUUAACUCCUAAAUGGCAGGGAAAUGAGCAGUGAGACUUCAGGGCAUGAUCUAUACACAAAAACUGGUUCAAUAACCUAGUGUUGUUUUGGUGAAUAUAGUGUCCCUCUAAAGGUAUAAUGCAUUUAUCUGUUAUAUUUCAGAAUAUCUUUUGAAUUGAUACUUGGAAAAAUGUUUCAGAUAGCAGACACUACACUCUGAAGUGUAAUAAAUGAAUACCCGAAUUACAAAAUGAACACUAAAAUAGCCAAGCUCCAUCUACAGUUGGAGAUGUUUUUCUAAUCAACUAUUUUAUCUUCAAGUUUGUCAUUCAGAUUUCAAUUCAUUGCAAUUUGGAGUUCAGUGAAUAACCAUGCCUUAAAGGACCACUCUAGGCACCCAGACCACUUCAGCUUAAUGAAGUGGUCUGGGUGCCUGGUCCAGCUAGGGUUAACCCAUUUUUUUUAUAAACAUAGCAGUUUCAGAGAAACUGCUAUGUUUACACUGAGGGUUAAUCCAGCCUCUAGAGCUUCUAGUGGCUGUCUCAUUGACAGCCACUAGAGGCGCUUGCGUGCUUCUCACUGUGAAAAUCACAGUGAGAAGACGCCAGCAUCUAUAGGAAGGGGGCCCAGCACACAAUGCAGAGGGGGCCCAGCACACUGCUUCUGCAUAUUCCGGUCCACUCUUCCAAUAAUUCUAACAGUAACCGGACCACCAGGGAAUGGAAUCUCCCCCCUCCCUGGACACAGGUAAGAAGCAUUUAAUAUAAAAUUAAUGUAAAAAUGCCCCUUCCUCUCCCCCACUCCCCUAGAUUACAGGCCCUAGUUUGCACAUUUACACACACUCUGCAUACACUAAUACAACACACAUUCUGCAUACCCUAAUACAACACACACACUGCAUACCCUAAUACAACACACACUCUCCAUAUCCUAAUACAACACACACUCUACAUACACUAAUACAACACACACGCUACAUACACUAAUACAUCACACACACUGCAUACACUAAUACAACACACACACUGCAUACACUACCCUGACACACACUCUGCAUACACUAGUACAACACACACUCUGCAUUUACUACACAUUAACACACACUCUGCAUUCACUACACAUUAACACACUCAUUGCAUCCACUACACUGACACACACUCUGCAUUCGCUACACAUUAACACACUCACUACAUCCACUACACUGACACACACUCUGCAUUCACUACACUAACACACACUCUGCAUCUGCUACACACUAACACACUCUCUGCAUUCCCUACACAUUAACACUCUGCAUUCACUACACACUAACACACUCCAUUCAUUACACUGACACACACUCUGCAUUCUCUACAUACUAACACACUCUGCAUUCACUACACACAUGCACACACUCUACAUUCACUACACUAACAUACACGCUGCAUGAACUAUAUACACAGCAUCCACUACACAAACAUCCUGUAUUCACAGUACACACACUACAUCCACCACACAUUGAAACACUCUGCAUUCACUAUACAGAGACACUGCGUCUAAUGCACACACUACAGACACUGCAUCCACUAAACACAUUGCAUCUAGUACACACAAAAACACACAUCACUGUACACACACUACAUCCACUACUCAAUCACACUCUGCGUUCACUAUACACACUGCAUCUGCUACACAAACACACACUCUGCAUUCACUGCACAAACAGUAUCUAAUACACACAAACACUACAUCCAUUACACACAUUCUAAUUAACUUCCACUAUACACACCACAUUCAGUCCUGCAUCAUUGGCAGCGGACUAGGUAGGAUGUGGGAGGGCCCAGACCUUGUGCUUUGUCAGGGGCCCCAUAAUUUCUUAUGGCAGCCGUGGUGUUGGCAGUAUGGUUAAUCACGCAGCUUCUCCAAAGAAUUAUCAGCUUAGUAAAAAAAAAAAAAUAAUAAUCUUUUAUCCAACUUGAUGGCUCUAUUUAUUGAAGUCCCUCUGAACUAAGGACCUGGCCAGAUCUUUUGUAGUUCUUACAAGUAGCUCUUCUUGGGGAAAACUCACUUUGUCUGUCAUAACGGUCAGUCACUGAGCUGGCCACUGGCAUUGUACCUGAUUCAAUAUGACCUUCUAGGUAAAUUCAUUGGAUGUAAAGUGUUAACCAUGCGAAAUAAAUUAUAUAUUUUUUUCCCCCAGGAUGAUGUCUGUAUGCAUCUCACCAAUUACGCAAUCAACAAAAACAAUGACAACUUUAUCAGAGAUGAUAUAACGGGAAGUAAAAGGUAGGUUUCUAUAACCGAUUAAAAUUAGGUUGAUAUUUUUUUAAUGCAUUUCUCUUUUAUGUAGUAAGUAAAUUAUUUCAUUUUACUUUCUUAGUGGAUUACAUCAAGCAUCAUAAUCACUGUAGUGGUUAGGAUGCCAGGGUUAACAUAGCUUAGUUACCCAGUAAUGGUGCAAACCAUUUGUCCCCUUACCUGGAUCCCACUGCAGAAGCUGGAAUUCAUGUCUGUGGACAUUCAAUGGUUGAGAGUGUCAGCUGACAGCUCUAAGCCAAUGACUGACAUUCUGUGCUCAAAACGUUGCACAUAAUUGAUAUUUGCCAGCCCAAAGCUCUAGUUCCGGGCUAGUUGAUGACACCCCUAUGAUGCUGCUGGAGAUGGAGUAAUAUCUCCUGCAGUGAAUGGGUAUAAUCUCUGUAUGUAAGUUUCAAAACAAUUGCCCUUGGCAUGCACCACUUAUGUUUGCUAUUUCAGCCUAUGCACAGGAGACUACAUGCUUCAGUAUAAACAAUUCAGCCUACUUAGGUUGCCAGUAUUUGGUUACUAUUACCCGCAGUGAGACACUUUUAAAACAUAGCACUGCAGUAACAUUGAGAGAACUUCACUGCACAAAAUGGCCCAUUGCAAAUGUCACUGCAUACCUCCUGUCUACCCCAUAGGUCAAUGUGUUUUUCUAAAGAUAUACAUCCAUUUUAUGCUGCUUAAAAAACAUUUUUUUAAUACUAUUUUAAUUUUUGCUUGGUAUGAAAGUUUACAAGAUUAUUUACCAAAGUGAGGAUUACAAGUGAGUUUCAAAUUUCAGUCCAGAGUAGCCAAAAUUAAAGCAUAGCUGACUUGGAUAAUGUUUCUAGUUUAGCUAUUUUAACCUUAAAUGUGAAUUCCCUCUAAAUUCUCACUUUAAUAGCUAACCCCAUUAAUGUUACUUUAUUAUGUUUUGUAACUUGAAUAUAUUUUAUUUUGUCAUCUGAAUAGAAAACUGUCAACACUAAACAGCUGGUUGGAAAAAAACAGUUAUGACACGAGCAAACUUUGGGGAGAUAUUGAAGAUGUUAUCAUUAAGACUCUUGUUUCCGCCCACCCAAUUUUGAAGCACAACUAUCGAACUUGCUUCCCAAACCAUGUUGCGGGCAGUGCCUGCUUUGAAAUUCUGGGAUUUGACAUCCUUCUGGAUAAAAAGUUAAAACCAUGGCUACUAGAGGUACGUACAAUGAAAUGACAAUAUUCAGAAUAUGGUUGAUUUGGAUUUAAAGUGGAACUGUCACUAGUGAGAGUUUUGUACAAGCCAAUAAAGCUAUGGUUUCUACUAUUUAUUUGGUCAAAAUGUACAUCCCCUGACUGGCUGUCUAGAUACAAUCAGGGCAAAGAAUGGCGUGUAAUCGAAAUGAAUCCCUGCAAUCCUGUACACACAUAUGGCACUACUGCAGGAAUAUAUUCAUAUGAGUACACCUAAGGCAUAAUACGUUGGCGUUGAAUGUGAAAGUAUUUACUCCAGUAAAUGCUACAAUAACACAUACUGAGAUGGGAGACAUGAUUAACUCACUUUUGCUUUAAUUUCACCUUUAAAGAUAAGUUAAAGUAGUAUCUGUCCUUCCACCAGUGGUGUGAUGGAGCUGGUGAAGCCAUAGCAUUACAUCCCCAUUGUUUCAGGUGGUAUGAGGGAACCAUUUGUCUUUUCUUGUAGUUAUGUCAAAACUGUUUGCCACUGGACAGGUAUUGCGGACUUGUUCAGUUUCACUUGCAAAACGUAGGCAAACAGAAAUCUCCAGUUGUGCCAGGUUGAAGACAAUCGAUUAAAUAUUAGCUAUUUGAUAAUUAUGCAAAGUAUGACAUUCAAGUUAUUUUACUGAAUAUUUGUUAGCAGACAUGAAAUUGCUCUUCACUAUAGGAAAAUAUACUGCGUAAGUCCUCAAACCCCUGAAUUGCAUUUAGUGUAUAUUGCAAUUACAGAGCAAAAUGGGAGCUUUGUUCAGUUUUUUACUUUUUCAGUUUUUUUUAAAGUUUUUUUUAAAACAAGACCUAGACAAAUCACCUUAAUAUGAUAACUGUAUAAUAUGAGAAACUGUGAAUCAGCUAUUUCCAGUCUACUUGUAUCUCUUACGAUACUAACUACAAAAUGUUUACAGCCUUGGGAAAAUGUAAAUGGUCACAAGUGGGCCUAGCCACCCUAUUUGGGUUUAUGAGCAGAGCUGCACAAUGCAUCGCAUAAUAAUAGAAACAAGUUGUAUCACAAGCACUCCCAGCAAUCGAUUGAAAAUCCUUGAGACUCUUGGUGAAACUUGAAAAGUUCCCAUGUAUGUAUAAUGGGGGUUCUUCAAGGGUCCUCUGAUAAGAUCUGAGUCCGGUUGUUUCUUUAUUUUUCUGCUUGCAUAGGUCAAUCACUCCCCAAGUUUUACUACAGACUCACACUUAGAUCGAGAAGUCAAAGAUGCACUUUUGCAAGAUACCCUUAAUUUGAUCAACUUGAAUGCCUGUGACAAACGGAAAGUUAUUGAGGAAGAGAAACGCAGAGUCAAAGAACGUUUACUCCAGAAGAACCCACCUAAGGAAAUGAGGUUUGAUCUCAGUCUUCAUCGUUCAGUUCACAGAUUAUAUAUAUAUAUAUUACGUCAUAUUAGAUGCAUAUAUAACUCCACUCUUUCAUCUGGUUCCUUAUUCCAAAUGUCCCAUCUUAUCAUUCCAUUCUCUCUUCCUCUAACAGUUCUCACUCCACUAGUUUUUUUAGACCCACUUUUUAUUUCAACUCCCUUACUAUUCUAUAUCCAUUUUAUGUGCCCUCCAUCUCCCUGUCUUAUUCCAUCUCCUUCUCUACUCUUCCAAGUUCCCUCCACUUUCUCCACAGUCGCUCUCCUUUUUAAUGUAAUCCUUAUCUUUUAAUUCUGCUUCUUUCCUCUAUCUAUCUUCAACUUUGUAUUUUCCCUUUCUCGUUCAUUGGGCCUUAUUUAUUUAUUCUUUCUAUCUCUUCCUCGUUUCGUUUCCAUUUGUUAUUCCCCUCCUCUUUAGUCAGUUUCUACUUUUUAAUUCUGCUCUCCUGCACCCCUCCAUUACUGACUUAAACUUAGGAGUGACAAACGGGGAAGGGGGAACCUAUCACUACUCUAACACAAGUGCCACCAACACAAGAGUAGGAAUAUAUUAGGGGAUGUCUCCUGAUAACUGAUGCAGUCAACUGGCACCAAUAAAAAUGUACUUAAGAAAUAUUUUAGAGAGAGGAUGACUGUUGGGUGUGGAUCAGUUUGAAAGCCUUGCUUUGAAGCAUGAAGACUAUGGUAACAGCAGAUAUAAAAAAAGGAUAGGCAGUCAGUUGAUAUUUAUGGUAAUUAGAAAAAAAUGUACAGUGGAUAAAAAAAAGAUCAUAUAUCAUUACCGGACACGCUAAGCAUCAUGUCAGGGUUUGGUGGCAUUUGUCCCAUUUUCUAGGUAUAGACCUCUCAAACAUGCUAAGUCAGUUCUAACAGGCUUUCUGACGUCACCUAGUGGUUGAAAAGAGAAAUGUUCCAGGCACUCAGGUUUAUGUUGUGUGUGGGGUUACUCACUAGGCAGUUUUAAUGGAGUAUUAUGUACUAUACAAGCAACAACAUUUUGACUCCUUACCCAAAGUCUUUUAAAAGCUAACACUGCAAUGCACAGAAUAUAUAUAUAUAGCGGAAAUAAUAAAUACAAAUGACUUACUCAAUCACCAAGUGGUUGUUAACUCCUAAGUUUUUAAAAGACAGACCGUCAGUCUUUUAGGGAUGUCAUUGAGUAAGGGCAUCUGGUGUUGGUGUUGAAACUCUUUAAAGUGGUUGUUUCCCAAAUAAAUGUAUGAGUUUAUGAUGUUGCACAAAGCAUGGCCUUACAUUGGUUAAGGGGUUGGACAUGGUGCUGAAUAGGCAGAGCCCAACAAGUCAAGGACCAAGUCACAUUCCUGGGGUAGAGUCUAGCACCCCAGCAUCAUGAUACUUCGUCAGCUGUGGCCCAUGGUUGCAAUUGGCAAUUAUAGCAUGUCUGGAAAUAAUUCCUCCUCUACAUCCACUCUCUUAAUUGGGUUAAACUACCAAAGAUGAGAUAUCCGAGUCUUCAGUCGUACAAAUGUCUGUGACCUAGUAACAGAGGGAAAGGUUACUUCUUGUUUACCACCGUGUUUGGGGCCUAGACAACAAGCAUAGGAAAUGUUGCAUCAAUGGAUCACUUUCAACUAGAUCACUGUGAAUGAAGGGGUUCCACAUACUGGAAAAAGAAAGAAAGAAAGAAAGAAAAACAAAAUAAGCUGCACAAGUGAUCUCAAAUAUAUGUUAUCAAGUGAGUCAUAUGGAUUAGGUGAGACUGAGGGGAAGAGUAGUCCUGAAUGGGAGAAAACUGGAAAUUGGGAAAAAGAUGGUGAGCAUAAAAAGUAAAUCGGGCUAACAAAUAAUUCCAAGAUUAAAAUAAUAUACAUUAUUGAAAAAAUUCUGUUGCUUAAACUUGUCCUAUAAUAGACAGCCACUCAAGAAAAAAUGGUAAAAACAUAUGUAAAGUCCGAAAAACGUUUGGAGGCAUUUUCCUUCUUUUCUUUUGUGAUUUGUCUUAUCUUGUAUAGCUUCUGUAUAACUUCUUUUAAACUGUUUAUAUGGUCUAUUUGGAGAAUGCUUUUUCAGUGCCAACUAUUUUUGUUGAAACAAAACAAAUAUCAAGUGCUUGGAUGGGGAUGAAUAAUUGAGGAAGCUCACUAUUGUAAACAUUGCCGAACGAGUAAACAAGGGGACAUUUUAAUCAAUUAAUUAUUGGCUGGUACAUAUGGCUUGUUUUAAAACUAAUGGAGGAACCAAACCUGCUCAUUUAAUCUUAUACAUGUCUUGUAAACAUAGGCGUGAGCAGUUGGAAAGCACCCAGGCUGCUUGGUUGGAGCAAGUGGAAAAGUAUGAAGCCAACCACUUGGGAGGCUAUCGUCGCAUUUUCCCCAGAGCCAAUGGAGAGGAAUAUGAUAAGUACUUCAGACACAGUGGGUCUUUGUUCCAGGAAACAGCUGCUUCAAAAGCCAGAGAAGAGUGUGCCAGGUACAAAUGCACAAAUACAUACAGACAUUGGUCUGCUAACAGGUCUUUUACCCCAAAAAAGAUGCUGAAAUUAACUUUGCCCCACAAUAUUGUCCUCCCUCCUCAAUGAUAGAAAUUACACUGAAAAUCCAUGUAAAACAUUACUCAGUGGACGUCCACCCCACUCACUUACUUGUGGAACAUUACUUGUGAAUGUUUUUUGAUUUCCUGAGAUUUCCACAGAAGAUAAUAUAUAUGAAAUUUUUUAGGAUUACAAUAUAUUAUUAUUUUUCUUGAAGUAAUUCUAUUGUGUUAGGAGUACAAAUCUGUAUCCUUAACACUAUAGUGCCCCUUUUCCUACUCUUUAUCAUGUCCCCCACUCUGUACAUUAAAAUUCCGAUUUUUUAUUUUUUUUAUUUUACUUACAUAUUUGCAGCGCCAAGGCUCCCUUAGUGCUGCUUAUAACCUCCUCCCUCAAUGUCACAGAGCAGGCUUAGUUCCUCAGCUGAUGUCCAAUCCAGUGCUCACCAUAGAGGAGCAAUGGGGACCUAAUGUACAUGCACAGGGUGUGUCACUUGCUCAUUCAAACUUUGCCAUAGAAAAGCAUUCAAUCAUUGCUUUCCUAUGGGGCUUUUGCGUCAUGUGAGGUUUACUCAGUCAGUGCCACAGAAGUGCCUCUAGUGGCUCUCAUACCGACAGACACUUGAGGUGGACUUAACGUUGUAAUGUAAACAUUGCACAUUCUAAAACACUGCAAAAUUGCAGGGUUAAGAGGAUAGGGAGAGUGCACAUAGACCACUUAAUUCAGAUGAAAUGGUCUGGGUGACUAUAUGGGCCAUAAGCAUAUUUUCAGUAUCGCUGUUGUGAUUAUCAAUAAAGUUUCUUUCUAUCCCUACCCUGAACUAGUGAUAUAUUUCAGUGCUCACUUCCAUACAGUUCAUUAAGCACCUGUCAGUUAUCUCAACCAAUAUCAGAUUGUAAAGGGUACUUAUAGGGUUACUCACUCAACUACGAACUGUCUAAAUUCACUUGGGAAUUCACUUGAAAGUGCAAAAAUAGCUCAGCUGAAAAUAUAGUUCACUUGUAGAAUUUUUUGGGGUAUUUGGGCAUAAAAUAAGCAACACUGUGCAAUUUUAUUACAAUUUAUGAUUUAGUGAAUAUUCCUGGUAGUCUUGGUUUUCAUUAACCUUCUUAACUUACGAUUUCCGUAUUUUCUUUUUCAUUUCAGGCAGCAACUCGAGGAGCUUCGUCUGAAACAAGAGCAGAAGGGAAUGCUUUUUAGAAAGAACAGAAAAGAGAAUAAGGACCAUCUGCAAGGAGAGUCAGCAGGUGAAAAGCCUAUGAAGUGCACAGUAACAAGGAGGCCAUCAACCCGACCUGUGUCUAACAGCUCCAGAAAUUCAGAACAAAAGGUAUUUGUUUUUUGUAAGGGAUUCUUUUUAAAACGCAUGGGUAACUGAGCAAAAUAGAUUUGUGAAGUUGCAAAUACAUUGCUCCAAAAUAAUACAAUAAUUUUGUAAAAAGGAUACUUCAGGGUGGAGAUGACCGUCACUUUGUAAAGUAUAAAUAAUUGUUAAAAAAAAAAGUGCACAACUACAUAAACAUCAAUAAAAGAUAAGGUUCAUGCAUAUACUGCAAAUCUCUGGGUGUUUGCUGAAGUGCUUUUAGGGGGUUAACAGAAUGUCACAUAUUUUCACUUUAUGAAUGUGCUGAUUUUUAAGAAAAAGGUUGUACCCUCCGAGCCAGUUGUCAAUCAAAAAGCUGGGAGAUACCUUUUCUUCCUGAUCACUUUGUGCCCCGCACAAAGCAGAAGGCAAUAUUUCUCACACAGAAGCACUGGACUCAAUGCUUGAGAAGUAUUGCCAGCAUGUUGUGGUGAUGGUCGCACACAAGCCCUGUCUUCAAAUGCUUCUCUAUGAAAACUAUUCUACCAGCCUGCAGAUCAUCAUCAGAAAUGAUCUUCCAGUCAGUGGAGUGGAGCUAUGUCAUGGGAUCCUUUUGCCACUAUAUCUGAGAUAAAUUAACCCUAUAGUUAAGGGACUGUGAAGGGGGAUAUAUCUAAAUACAAUUUAAAACUUUCCAGUUUUUAUUUGUAAUGCGGAGUGUUUGACAUUUAUUUGCUAUGUUUUGCUGAUAGCUAGGUUACUGUGCACUCCAAUAGGUGGAAAAGGGAAGUAUAGGACGUGAUACAAGGCCGUAUGGUCAAAGGGUGGUGCCAGCUCCACCGAGGGCUUGUACCCUAAUUGAUAAAUAAACUGAAGAAUAAUGGAAAUGAUAUCCAAAUAGGGAGAUCUAGAGCUGCUGACAUAAAUGGACAACAUUGAAUAACAGUGCAUAAAUUUAAACUAGCUAGUUUUAACCUUCUUCAGCCCCUGACGAAGGUGUCCUCGUACACCGAAACACGCGUCGCGCGAUCAGCAUGUUUUUUCUUGAUUCACUUUAGUUUUUCACUUAGGGAUUUGCACUAGUCAUGACCAAGUAGAUUAUGCUUUUUAUUUAUGUUAAGCUAGUUAGAGCUUGGAGGUAUUAGAUAGUGGGCGAUACCUGAUAGUGAGAGUGCAAGAUUAGAACACCCACGAAGGUGUUUAUAGGAGUUUAGGGAUCUACCUUUAGGCUGAUAUAUAGAUUGUACCAGUUAUCUAGCUCUCUUUGUUUAGCAGUUUAGCAGUUCAGUAUCUUUAGGACGGGGGGGAGGGGGGGGCUUUUAUCAUCAUCCUGGAUAAGAUUGCCUGGGGCAUCCACAAUAUCUGGCUUUACAGAUUGACCCAUAUUUAUUUCUUUUUCUGCACCUCCAGUUAUUAGUUAUCUUUGCUCAUUAUAGCCUUCUUGUAAGGUAUCAGCCCAACCAUUUUGCCUUUAUUUUUUAGUCCUAUUGACAAUAUAAGGAAAUUGGACUAUUGUACUAUUUAGGCUACGGUAUAUUCUCUACCUCCAUAUUAGAUUAUUUUGGGGGGGAUUCAGCAAAGUGUCCUUUGGGUUUUUUGGCUAUUUUAAUAUAAGAGUCAAUAAAGGUUUUUUGUUUAUUAUUUUUUCCUACUUAGCUAUUAAACAAGGACACUUAAGGGUAUUUUGGAACUUAUAUAUAUCAAAUGUUCCUUCCCCUUCUCCCUUCUAAUUAGCUCUUUAUACUAGCUAGUUUAAAUUUAUGCAUUGUUAUUCAAUGUUGUCCAUUUAUCAUUUAUGUCAGCAGCUCUAGAUCUCCCUAUUUGGAGAUCAUUUCCAUUAUUCUUCAGUUUAUUUAUCAAUUAGGGUACAAGCCCUCGGUGGAGCUGGCACCACCCUUUGACCAUACGGCCUUGUAUCACGUCCUAUACUUCCCUUUUCCACCUAUUGGAGUGGACUGGUUAACAAGGUACCAAUUUUUGUUGUACUCCUGUGCAGCUUCUCUUCUGCUAUCCUUGACUUAGGAUCAUGUGUUUUUGCCAGAGGAGAAAAAUUAAGUUACCUCUUUAACAAUCCCCAAAUCCCUGGAAACAGCUUUGUUAUAAAUAUUCACUGGUGAGACACCCCAAAAAUAUUUCUGCCACUGGCAGUAAAACACUAUAUAGUAUAUUUGGCUAUGCCUCUGUCUUAUGUUGUUGUACAAUUUCAAUUAUUUUGCAGUUAAAAGCUGAUUAGAUUGCUUUUAUUUCAUGUAUCCCAUGCACCUUUCAAGUUACUUACUUCUCUCUUCCUUCUCUUUUUUCUGCUACUAUUACGUCACCGUACCUUUUUAUAUAUUCUCUCUUCAGUUUAGAAACAGUUGUAUUUGUGUACUAACAUUUCAGUAACUAUCAUCCAGAAACCCAAGUCUGCCUCCUUUAUGAGAAGAAACAAUUUGCCUGUUGAUGCCUCUUUUUAUUUUGAGUUGAGCACCAGUGGGUUCAGGUGUUUCUCCUAUGUUUAUAAAUGUCAGAGGAACGGCUUCUUUUUGUACUUCUCUUGUGAUUUAUAUUUUUCAAUAAUUAUGCUGUGAUGUAUAGAUUUAAAAUAUGCAUAAUGUAUAAACUGUAUUAGAAAAAGAGCCAUAAUUAACUUUCUUAACUUACUUUGAAAGCUACACUGGAUGAAAAGCGAUUCCAUGAAACCACUAGAUAUUGAUGAACAAGAAGAAAUGGAGAGAUUGAAUGGUCUUCGGCAGAGGGAGAAUCUCAUACGUGACCUUGGUAUAGUGGAUUAUGUGUCAAGACUGAUGAGUAUCGUGGUUCCCAAAUCUGCUGACCACCAAAGAUCUCACUACAGCAUUCCUGAAACUCAAACAAAUAAUAAAGUAAGUAACUGAGUACUGAUCAUAAUAAUAAAGCUAAAUGUAUCUCUCUGAUCAAGUAGGCUACAAGAUUAAUAGAGUUCAGAUGAAGUUAGCAAACACAGGGUGCCAGCUUAAAUGCAUUUUAAAGAUUUGCUACAUAUUGUAUAAGUGUUUAAAAUAGUUAAUGUUUAUGAUAAUGCAUAUUGUUUACAUGAUUUUUAACCCCUUGAGGACCGAUGACGAUUCAGGAUCGUCAUCAGACACAUCCACUUGAGGACUGAUGAUGGUCCUGAACUGUCAUAACUUAAAGGGACACUAUAGUCAACAUAUAAAAGCAAGAAAGACAGGUCCCCCAGCCUUCUUUCUUGCUCUUAUAUGAACUUGCCAUAAAAAACAAAAAUCAGAGUAAGUUUUAAAAAUAUAACUUACCUCCAUUCCAGUGCCGGGCUCCCUGCUAGGCCACGCCCCCUUUGCAUGCACGGUUUUACGAUGCACCAAUCGCAUUCUUCUUCAAUGCCGCCCUAUGAAGAAGCUCAGCGCUCAACCGCGCAUGUGCGCGGAAUGCGCAUUCUCGAGCUGAGCCAUCUGACUGACAGCUUAGUUCGCUUUCUAUACCCACCCCCCUCCUCAGCCAAACUGUGUGUUUGCAUAGAAACACUAUAUAUAGAGAUCUCUCUAAAUAUAGUGUUUCUAUGCAAACACACAAGUAGUAAAAAAUUUAAGACAUACACACACACUCUUUCUCCAUCCAUAUCCAUCCAUCCCCAUCAUCCAUAUCCAUUCAUCCCCAUCCAUAUCCAUCCCCAUCAUCCAUCCAUCCAUCAUCCAUAUCCAUCCCCAUCCAUAUCCAUCCAUCCCCAUCAUCCAUAUCCAUCUCCAUCAUCCAUAUCCAUCCCCAUCAUCCAUGUCAUCCCCAUCAUCCAUAUCAUCCAUAUUCAUCCCCAUCAUUCUCCAUCAUCCAUAUUAAUCCCCAUCAUCCAUAUCCAUCAUCCAUAUCCAUAUCCAUCCCCAUCAUCCAUAUCCAUCCAGUCACCCACCCACCCUCAGUCACCCACUCACACUCAGUCACCCAUCCACACUCACUAAAUAAGUUUAUCUACAGUUUGAAUCCUCCCCUCCUCCUCGGUUUCCGGUCUUCAGCUUGUCCGCUCAAGCCACUCCCACGCAGACAGGAUGCUCGUGCACAGUGCUGCCAGAGCACUGUGGACUUCCAAUCAACUUGGAAGUCCCUCUGGUGGCAGUCUGAGUGACUGCAACUGGAGGUGCCCCUAGCUUUGAAUGUAAACACUGUAUUUUCUGAGAAAAUACAGUAUUUACACGAGAAAGGCUGCAGGGAACUGUAGUUCUCACCUGAACAACCUCAUUAAGUUGAAGUUGUUCAGGUGACUCUAGUGUCCCUUUAAAACGAGCAGCAGGAACGAUCAGAGUUCGCUUCUGCCGAAAUACCGCUGUUACUAUCUGCCAGGCAUGUGAGGCAGAUAGUAACAGCCAAUUAUUAUGUUUGAGUGACACGUGAUCGCUCAUUAUUGGCUGCUGUCAAAGUGGGUGUUACAAACACUCACUUUGACAGUGAUCUCUGUCCCUCUCUUCUUUGUAGCAUUUUAAGAGGGAGAGAGACAGAGAUCAGUGAUAAUUUGUGGCCAAAAGUGUUCCAGAACCUGUGAAAAAUUGUCAGUAUCCUUUUCUAACCCCAUCCCUGCCAAAUCCUGUUACAGCAGUGCAUUAAUACUGUCUGUAUUUAUAUAUUUUUGCCCUUAAGGGUUAUUUUUUGUUAAAAUGCUGUGUAUUAGGUAGUUUUAGUAUGUUUGUCAUUUUAGCAUAGAGUUAGGUAGAUUGUAAAACUAAAAAUAGCUCUACCACACAGAAUCAAACCUUUUAUAAUACUUGUUCCUCAUUUUUUUUAAUUUGUAUUUUUUGAAAGCGUCAAAUUUUAGUCAGUUUCCUUCCCCCAGAUGUCCAGUUAGAUUCCUUUUGCAGAAGUUAGUUUAGAGAUUGCUGCUAAAGGUGCAUUUGAUACCUGCACAUUUGUUCUUUAAAAAGAAAAAAAGGUUUUCCGGCAGUAACAUAUAACCGGCUGGCCAAAAUCUAAAAGCAAUGUGUGCAUAAAAAACAGAAUUCAAAAAUUACCACAACACACUUUCUUUGAUUUUGGGGGGCAAAAUGGUUGGGGGAAAUAAGUAAAAACACCCCAUCUUCUAUAACCUUGGAUGUUUACUUUACAAAAAUAUAUAAUUUCAAACCAUAAAUUCAGCUUGGGGGAUUUAAAAAUGCACCACACACAACAUGUGCCUAGUAAAGCAAGCAAACUAUAUUCAUCCAAAAUGGGCAAGUCCAAAUUUUGUUACUGUAAAAUGGUGGCAAACCAAUGCAUGGGGGCAGUGGCGUACACAUGACCCGGUGCGAAAAUUGAUCUGUGGGGCCCCCCCCCCCCGCGCUUACUCGGCACGGGUCGGGGCUGCAACACAUUGCGGUGGGCACCUGGUCGCAGGGGUUGCAGGGCUGAACGCCCAUAGGAAAGCAUUGAGUAAUGCUUUCCUAUGGGCGGUUUAAAUGCGCGAGCGCCUCUUGCCGCGCAUGUGCAUUCAGAGCUGAGAGGAGGAGGGAUCCCCAGCGCCAAGGGAGUCUGACGCUGGAGAAAGGUAAAUGCUGAAGACACACACUCUCACGAACAGACGCAUACACACUAGCUAACAGACACACACAUUUACUAACAGAGACACACUCAGUGACAGACAUACAUACACACUCACAAAACAUACACUUUCACUGACAGACAAACACACACUCACUAACAGACAUCAAACACACUCAGUAACAGACACACACAGUAACACACUCAUUAGCAGACACACACCCAAUAACAGACACACUCACUGACACAUACACUAACACACACACACACACACACUAACACAUACACACUAACACAUACACACAAACAUACACACACAAACACACACACACACACACAACACACACACACACACACACACACACAAACACACACACACACUAACACACACACACACACACUAACACACACUAACACACACACACACUAGCACACACACACACACACUAACACACACUAACACACACACACACUAACACACACACAUUUAAAAAAAAAAAAUGAAUCCCUUACCUUUUGGAGUGCUGGGGGGAUUCCCUGGGGUCCAGUGGUGCUGCUGACCCCGGCGGGCUGGCUGUCUGGGUGGCCGGUACGCGAGGGAGCACUCAGUGCUUCCUCUUCAGCUCUCUCGUGGGGAUGACAUCAUCUUCCGGCUCCGGUAUCAGUGCGGUGCGCGAGGGAGCUGAAGAGGAAGCACUGAGUGCUCCCUCGCGUACCAGCCACCCAGAUAGCCAGCCCGCCGGGGUCAGCAGGGCCAGCAGGGCCAGCCUCGGGGGGCCCUGGGGUGGCCGGCCCCUGGGCCCCCCAGGAGAAGAGGCUGGCCCUGUGGGUACAUACCGGGUCGCAGGGGCGGCCGGGCCCCCUGAUGGGCCAGGCCCGGUCGCAGCCGCGACCCCUGCGACCCUGGUAUGUACGCCACUGCAUGGGGGGCAUAGGUGUACUCAGAAGACUUUGUAGAAAACAAACUGGGGUGUUUUCUGGCAGUAACAUAUAACCAAAAAGCAGAAUUCAAAAAUUACCACCAUGCACUUUCUCUGAAAUUUUCUUAGCACAAUGGUUGGGGGAAGGGAGUUAAAACACCCCAUAUACAAUACCUUGGCAUGUCUACUUUAUAAAAAUAUAUACUUUCAUGAUGGUAACAUUAACUGGGGGAUGCAAAAAAUACUCCAAACUGAAGAUAGGCCAAGCAUACUGUAACGGAUCACCUGCCACCCCGACUGGGUAGCUCCGUUGAAGGAUGCUCCUGGCACUUCCUGAGGGUUUCCAGCACUCCAGCAGACACCAUAACCACCGAAGACUCAGAGAGCAAGACAGGAACAAGCUCUUACUAGAGCUUAGUAGUGAAAUAGCAAGGGAGUAUGACUAGCAUAGCAAUUCCUUGUAGCAGAUUCCCCCAAUAAGAGAGGGCACUCCAAAUUGAGGGUGAAGUAGAACUGAAGCUUUUAAUCAAACACUCUGCUUUUAUGCCCAUUUUACAAACAUAGAACUGCCCACAGGGUUUUGAAGAACAAACCAAUCAAUACAUUACAACACAGCCAAACACUCCCAUUCAUACCAGCAGAAAUCCUCCCCUCUGCCUGUGAUACAAUUACUGAACACAAUGGGCUAACAUAAUUAUCACAGGCAGGAAAAUACAGUUUUGCACAAUAUUCAUAACUUUAAAAGUAUACAUCAUAUUCACAUAAACUUACAUUUUCAGAAUCAGCAUACUCCAAAUACAAACAUGUGUCAAAAUCAUACAAAUUAGUCCAGUGGUUCAAAAGAUAGAUGGAAGACCUAUUUACCGACUGCAAGCAUGGCUUGGGUGUGGUAAUCCAACUAUCUCCAGCAUACAGAAAAUAUCUCCAUUUACAACAACAGCAAAAACACAAAAAAAUACAUAAUUCCCACAUUCAACCUAUCCCCAGAUAGCUUGGAUCUGAGCGCUCACUAUAUCCGAACAGCGCUCAGAUCCCACAAACAGUCAAAUCGCUAUGGGGUUAGAGUUUAGCAACAAGUUCCAACUGGUCUGGCAGUGUCCCUGGGACAACGCCCUGCUGGAGAACAAUAGACAGUAAACGGGGGAGGGGCACACCUUCUCAUGUAUUCAAAGGGACAGAAAAAGUGUUUCAAAAUCUUAAAAGCCCAAAUAAUGCUUACACAGGGCAAAGUCUCCCAGGGGCCAUAGUCACAUGGCAGGAGGCUGGCAAUCACUCUUCUCCAAUGCCCAGUGGCGAGGCUGGUUCCGCCACACAUACCUAUAUAUCAAGUUGAAAAACUGACAUGCACAAGUCUCUAUCGUGGCCUUUUAGCCCCCAAACAACCCAUCAAACCUAUGCAUGGGUGGUAUCACUGUACUCGGGAAAUGUUGCUGAACACAUUGUUAAUUCAUGCCUAAAGCACAAUGUGUGUGAAAAAAACACAAAAAAAUGCUAGCCUAAAGUUUAACAAAGGCUGGUGGUAGAAUUAAUGCAUGAAAAGUGUUAAAAUGCUACCAUUUAAAAUACCCUGGGUUGUCUACUUUUUAAAAAAUAUAUGGUUUGAUGGGGUUAAAAUACAUUGUCCAGCUUCAAAAAUGUCCCAAAUAGCACAUGGGCGCAGGUUGACUACAUGUCAAAAUUCCAAGUGUGGCCAUAUGUGGCUUUUUAGCCCCCAAACAACCCGACAAACCUAUGCAUGGAUGGUCACUGUACUCAGGAGAUGUUGCUGAACACAUAUUAGCGUGUUUUGUAGCAGCAACACAUAAUAGGAUUUUUGUUCGGGGCAUUUUCAUAUGAUAUAGAAUAAGAUGGGUUGUAGAGAUGUAGCUUUAGGAAUAAUCGGUUGAGGUGUGCCGAAACCGACGCAUGCUGUAGGCCGGUAAAAAGUGGGCUUACAUAGAGGAAAUAUGAACAAUGGGAGUGGAGGGUGGGGCUAUUCAUCUGACCAACAAAGGUAAGUAGGGAAAGGGGGGAGUCCCUUUUAUAUGUCUAUAGCCCCUCCCACAACUUCAGGCCAUGCCUUCCAAUCUGUGAAUUUAUAGCUGAAUUGCAAUGUAUGUGAAAAAAAUCAAACAAAGAAAUUACCUAUGCAAUGUUUGGCAAAGAUUGGUGGUAAAAUGGCUGCAUAGAAAGUGUCAAAAUAUCUUUAAAUGAAUACCCUGGGUUGUCUACUUUAAAAAAAAUAUGUACAUGUGGGGUGUGAUUCAGAGAUUUAUGACAGAUAACAGUGUUACAAUGUCACUAUUGAUACAUUUAAAAAAAUAUAUAUUUUGAAACAGCAAUUUCCUAUUUGUACUUAUAGCCCUAUAACUUGCAAAAAAAAGCUAAAAGGCAUGUAAACAAUGGGUGUUUUUAAACUCAGGACAACAUUUUGAAUAUUUAGCUUUUUUUUUUCAUUAGCUUUUGUAGAUAAGUAAAAGUAAAACACAUAUACAAACACAAAGAUAAAGCACCGCGCUUACAGCAGCAGUGGCUUAGUAUCCAACAGCUUAAAAUACAUAGUAAAAACAAAGAGAACGUUACCUGCGCUCUGGCCUAAAUCCCCAUGUGCGUUUAAACAGAAAUGGAGGCUCUUUGGUUUUAUUCUAAUGGCCAUUUGAAUAUGUAAGCUCACCUGCCACGUCAAGGCAAGCCUCAAUAGGUGAGUUCCUACACUAGCCAUUAGAUAUGCCGAUAUCAGCCAUGAGUCUCCAAUGAGACAGGAAGGGGUAUUUUAUAAACCCUUUAACAUUUAACCCUUUAUAGGGCUUCUGCACAUACAAUAAACUUUGAUGAUAUCAGACAAAGUGAGACAGUAAAACACAAAUUGUAAUUUUUUUAAAAUUUUUCACCGUAGUUUUUUUUUUAAAGUAAAUUAUAUGACAUGAUACAAAUAAUGGUAUGUAAAGAAAGCCCUUCUUGUCCUGAAAAAAAAACUAUAUAUAACUUGUAUGGGAACAGUAAAUGAGAGAGAGGAAAAUUACAGCUAAACACAAACACCACAAAAGUGUUAAAAUAGCCAUGGUCCUUAACGUACAACAUGGCCAAAACAGCCUGGUCCUGAUGGGGUUAAUGUUUGAUGUUUGUUUAUUUGUUUAACUUAUUACUUUUGUCUUUCAGUCGACAUUCUUGUGCCAGGACUCUGAAGAUAUGAGCUCUGUGCCCAUGACCUUCAUGGGAGAGAGAGUUGCAGAGACAGGGGCGCAAGCUGCUACUGAUGCCAUAUCUAAUCACAUACCUUAUGGAAAUAAAGCAUAUCGUCCUAGCUUUCCUGGGUCAGGAGGAGGUGCACCUUCUUCAGCACAGUAUGCAGUGAGGAAAUAUGGUCCCCAGAAAGCCAUUAUCUGGAAAGGAGCUCAAAAUGUUUGGCCAGCACCUGCUGCCAAUGAGCCACUUUCAUUUGCCAAACCACCAAAAGGUGUGAGCCAAAUACGAUUCAACAGUGCCAAAAACAAGAGUGACCAGAGUAAGUUCAUGGUAUUUUUCAUAGUUUAUGCGCUUAUUGCCUGUUCAUUUGCAAAAGGGUUGUUUGGAUUUCAUCAUGAUUUAUGAUAUAUCCAUGCAGUUUAUGAUAUCCAUUUGUCUAAAUAACCCUGCAAGUUUUUAAGUACCACUUUAUGGCUAUGAAGUAUAAGCUCACCUGUCAAAAUCAAGGCAUACCUCUUUGAUAAGUCCAACACUAACAACUAACCUUACUGUUUUCAGAUCAAUGUCUUUGCCUAUUCCUUACACCUAGCUAUCUAGAUUUAUCCAAGGGCUAUAGGGAUUGUGCAGCCAACCAACACGUCCAAAGACUCUGUUACUGGAAUCCCUUAAAAUCUACACAGGACACAGUUACAAAAGGAACUAACAUGCAAACCUUUAUUUUUACUCGGGACUAGUCCAUAUGAAUAUUACAUAAAGAUUGCUGUGACAAACUAAAUAAAAUAAAAAUAACCAAAACAUGUCACAAAACAUACAGAGCAUUAUAAUAACAUAUUUAUAAAGGGGUAGGGAAAACAAUAUUAAACACAAAAUAUCUCUCCUGCCGGCAGAAUUGGCAAUAUGCAAACCUACCUGAAUAUGCAAAUAAGCAUGCCUUGUUAUUCAGGUAGUGCAUAUAGCUGUUGCUUGAUCCUUGCAACAAACAGCGUACAGGCUCCGUGGCCAAAUCCAUCUAGUUGAUUGCAAAAAUUAGCAAUGAGAACAGGAGACCACACUAACAUUUAACCCCAAAGAACCACAUUACACACACACCCUGCACCCACAAUGGACACAGGGUGACAUAGGAAUCAUCCAGAGACCUUAUUAAAGUGUCCAUCUUAUGUUCCCAAGGAUGGUGACUACCAUCACAGUCAGGAUCUUCAAAUUUUGAUUACAUUGACAUUGCUAAUGUGAAUGAUAGACAAAUGGUAUGCCAUCAUGGGGGUAAAUCUCAUUCCUGGGCUACCACAUGGUCUCAAAGGUAACAUUACUAAUCUGGCAAAUGUCAAUGUGAAAAAAAUGAAAAAUGGAUAUGUGCUACAUUUGACCCUUUAACUUUCCAAAACACCAUAAAAACUGUUAAUGGGGGCUACUGUUGUACUCGUGAGACUUUGCUGAAUCCAAAUAUGUGCUUUUUUUGCAGUAAAAGCUAACAGUAUUAUGACAUUUACAGCUAAAAUGUGAGGCGGAACUACAAAUUGUAAAAAAAUUUUUACAUUUCUCAGUUUUUUUAUUUUAUUCAUGAUAAAUUAUGUUUCAUAUAUAAAUAUUUGAUAUGAAAUGAAAGCCCCGUUUCUCCUGAACAAAAUGAUAUAUAAUAAGUGUGGGUACAUAUAAUAUGAAAGAGGUGAAUUACUGUUGAACAGACAUAGCGCAAAUUCCAUUUUUUUGUUUAUAUUUUGUUUUGAUCAGAACGUGUACUAUUGACUCUGUCCUGAAGGGGUUAAGGAAAAUAAUCACUCCUUUUCAUCAUGUUAUGACAAAUUAUUUAGUUUAUUCAAUCUCAUAUGACUGAUUUGGCAACAUUUCAAUCCAGCUAUGGGCCUUUGCCAAUCUUGGGUUGAAACUUUGCCAGCUUACACUUUUUAAAUUGAAUAAACUCCAUUACGUGUCAUUAGAUCUAGUUGUGGAGUUACUAUCAUUAGUGAGUCAUAGUUGGGCACAGUGUAACUUGAGAUUAGGUAUAUAAUAAUAGUAUGAUGUAAGUAAGAAUCACUGCAAGUAGAGGACUGCGAGAACAAGUAUAGCUGUGAAAGCUGCUUUAUAGAAUAAAAUACAAUUAGUUGAUAUAUUUUUACACUUUACAUUGUAAGUUAAACUGAUGGCAGUUGCUAAGCUGUUCUUCAUUUUAAAGUCACUCCACCCAAAUCCGACCUGCAAAACCACAAACCGACAGAAAAUGUUCUGCUCUGUAUAUUCUAAUACUUGAUAAUUCCAAAGAUAGGAGAGGCAAUAUUUUAUUUAAAAAAAUGUUGUUUUUUUUUAGUUUUUUUUUUUACCUAUUAUACAUUUGUGGGUGUCCAUGUGCAUUGUAUUGCCAGAACAGUGUGCUGCAGUGGAAACGCUAUCCCUUUCUAAUUGGUGGUAUAGCAGCAAGCAGAUGUAAAAAGGGCCAUGCCAAUAUAUAAUGGAAAUUGAAAGGUGAAUUCUCCACCCCCACAAUCAAUCACAUAUAAUAAAAUAAUUGAAUUGUCUAGUAAAACAAAGAUAAGAUGUUGGUGGAACAUUAACAACAGAUAAAACCUGGAUAUAAUAUGGUCAAGCUAUCUCUGCUUCGUGGUAUAACAUAAGUCACGUAUCCCUUUUUCUCUCUUAGAUGGCCUCUAUUGUAGGAGUUCAGAAUACUUGACAUGGAUAGGAGUGCUAGAAUACCUGUCAACAUUACAGAGAUUGCAUUAAAAAGUCUGGCACCAUUAUAACACACUGUAAUGUGUGGUGUUCACAUGUGAAGUGUUCAUGGGUGUUAGGAAUCUCUAUGUGCAGCAUUUCUGCUUGGAAAGAUGCACAUCCAAAGAUAUUUGCACUUUUUUGAUGGGGGCUAGUUGUAUCCCACACGUAAUCUAGGAAGCCCAGAACUCUGUUCCGGUCUGUGCAAAAAUUACAUCUGUCUUCUGCGCAUGACAUUAGUUUAUUUCUUGCAGGCAUUAAAUUAGCUUGUCUAUUGUAGGCAGCAAAUCUACACUCCCUUCCUCCCUUCUUUAAUUUAAGCCCUCUCCCUCCCCGCCAUACCUGCCUCCGUAUACCUUUAAAAGAACACUAUAGGGUCAGGAACACAACCAUGUAUUCCUGACCCUAUAGUGCUAAACCCACCAUUUAGAUGGUUUGCCCCCUUAAAAGCAAUUAAAACUCACCUUAUUUCCAGCGCCGCACGGGUCAGCCGGCACAGGGCCCGCCCCCUGGUGACAUCAUAAGAAUUGCCUUUUUUUUUGCCAAGCCAAUGCUUUCCCAUGGAGAAUGCAUUGGAUUGGCUAAAAUCGGCAAGGGGCAGGGCCAAACACCGUUUUGGCCAAUCAGCACGUCCUCAUAGAGAUGCAUUAAAUCAGUGCAUCUCUAUGAGGAAAUGUCAGCGUCCCCAUGCAGUUCAUUGAGACGCAUCUGAGGAGUGGCCACAUGGAGGUGUCCGUAGGGGCAAUGUAAACACUGCCUUUUCUAUGAAAAGGCAGUGUUUGCAUUAAGAUGUCUGAAGGCAAUGAUUAUACUCACCAGUACAACUACAUUAAUCUGUAGCUGUUCUGGUGACUAUAGUGUCCCUUUAACAUUCCUUUUUUUAUCUCAGAUACCCUCUCUCUGUCCAUCUGCACUUUCUCCCUCCCUUUGCUGGCUCAGAGGGAUUAUAUGCACUCUGAGCCAGUGAAUCGGUUAAAUUUUGCAUUUUAUUAGACCAUGAGGGAGCACCAAUGACAUUGGACAAAGGCAUGGAAUCCAGCGAGAAACGCUUAACCCGGCACUGGAUUCCAGGUACGUUUGUCUUCUAUGUGCACGUUCAUAAAGAUUUAGUGAAUAAUGUUGAGUGGGGCAUUGUAAACUAGAUUUUAGAGAUUUUAUAAAAAGAGUUAGAAAAUCCCUUUAAGACAAACCAGAUUUUGGUUAGUUAAAUUAGUUAAGUGUUCCCAUAUUUAAACUCUAGAGUAUAUCUAAGUCAUUGCAACCUAUGAGUGACUAGUAACUGUGGAUUUCAUGUUAUGUGGUGCUUAGUUAACCUCUUGGACAUUGCAGUACAUAAAAAAGCCUGACUUUUUUUUCUUUGUUAAUGCUUCAUUACCUUUAUUCUGAGAUGUUUCUUCUUGCUGCAGAAGGUGCAACUAACAAUAAACCAGCUCGCCUCAUUGGUGUUUCUUCUGGAUCCCUGAACACCCUUCCCCAUGGUGGGAAAUCUCCACACAUGCCUACAAAUGGUUGUUUACUACCUGUAGUGAUUGGAACCCAAAUUCCAGAUCGGUCAUUAGUCAUCGCAUCAACUUCUGCUCCCAUUGCACAUCGCACAGAUCACUCACGUCAGAAUUUGCUGGGUAUCAUCAAUUUGAAAAUAAACUGGUAAUUAUCUGUUUCCUCCGGACCUGAUUUCAUGCAUCAAAUAAAAUUCAGUUUCUGUUUAAGGAAAUGAACUUGAGUUAAUGCCAAUCAUCAUUUUUUACAUAAAGUCCUUCAAGAUGACCGAUUUCAAAGAAACUUUAAUAACCAGGUAUAUUUUUCAUGUGCUAUAAAUAUAAGCAAAUAGAGUGAAAGAAGUGACGAUCAUGAUAAAAUAGAUCUACCUGCUGCACUGACAUCCUACCUCCUCAGGAGGAGAAGUGGUUAAAGCAGAACUAGCCUAAAAUACUAUUAUAAUCAGGGGUGUUGCUUGUGGGAUGACCUGGGUGAAAGCCAUAAGUGGUUCCUGAAAGGUCCUGGGUCCUAUUUUACCACCAUUUAAUUGAAAGCCUUGAGUUUCCUGAAAAUCUGCAGCUGCGGUAUUAUUUCAAUAUUAAUGUUUGUAAUAGUGAGAGAAAAAUAACAAUCCUAUUGACAGAUGUCCAAAGACCCAUUUACUGAUCUGCACAAUCUCGUAAUUACAAAUUGUGUAAUUAUGUAAUGAUUUAACAUAAAGAGUCCAAGUUUUGAAAAUGAAACAAAUAAAUGCUGAAAAGAGCCACGAGAUUUACCUUUGGGCUAAAGCCCCUGGACUUUAUGUAACCUAUAAAAUACUCCUGGAUUUUGAUGCUCAUGAGUGCUCACCUUUUGAUUCACAGCCAAGUAGUCUAGGAAUUGUUUGAUGCACAUCACAACUAAUGGGAUCUUGUUGCGUACAUCCAGUGGGGAACGCUAUGCAAAAUAAGAUUUAUGUCAAGUAUUAUUAAUGUAUCUAAUAAAGAUAAGGCAAAAUGUUGGACUAAACUUCCAUCAUUCAGGGAGAACACAUUUAGUGUUAUAAGUUCUGGGAAGAUGCACUCAGUCACUGUAGAUAGAUAAAUGCAUUUGAUGUGAUAGACAAUGUUUCUUACACUGUGAAUUUUAUAUAUAUAUGCAUACAAAUGUUUGUAAAUGAACACACACACAUCGGCAAAGUAAAUAUUGUAAUUAAAAUAACAUGUCUUAUUCUUAUGUUUACAGUUUCUUUAGAGCAGUAAUUAUAAAUCUGUGCAGCAGGAUACUUGGACAUUUCUUGGUUUAUUUAGCAAAAAGAGAAUUGCCGAAUUGAUAAAUAACCAAGACUUCGAUUAAAUUAGAGCCGACCGUCGUUAUCCAGAGUUUAUCAUAUUCCGAUAAGUCAUAUAUCACUAUGGAGAGAUUAAAUAAAUGCUGUUAAAGGCUUAUCGGAAGUCAAAUAUCUAAUGCUGGGGCCUAAAAUUUUUAGUCCUACACAACUAGGAAGGCUUAAAAAGAUAUUUACCACUACACACAUGGAAAGUACAUGGCACACCGAUCAGUGGUAAAUUUCUAUUCGUCAGGGCUGAAUUUUCACUAGCCAAUGGCUAGUGGAGAGUAGAAAUUUUUAGCCAUGUGACUUAACUGACACAUAUACAUUUCAUUGUAAAUAUCAGCUGAAAUGAUUUCAUUCCACUUAUUGGUCACAUGUCGAUCAAUAAAUUGCCUUAACGAAUCCAACAACUUAAAGUUGUGAAUAUAUUUUUUUUCUAUUUACCCAUUGCCAGGACUAGUGACAACAGGGCAAAUAGUUACAAAAAUCCUCAGCAACACAAGGGUUAAUCAUGUGGCGUCUGACUGGGUCUUGCUAGCCAGCCACCACACCACCUUGUCAGACCUCCGCCAUUAUAAAUUCAUUUUGUGUUCAUAUAGCACAGCCCUCACCCUUACUAAACAAUCCUACUUUUCUUCUCUUGUUAGUUCAUGCUCACGCAAUCCCAGGCGUCUCUUUAAUACCUUCAACUCUCUCCUUCACCCACCUUAAGCCACGCCUCAAACUGACCUUUCAACAGAUAGCCUUGCAUGCUACUUUACCGCUCUUUGCUCCUCCCUCUCGCUACAACACCUGGACUGUACCUUCCCUACUCUACAGGCCUUCUCCCCAGCUACAGAACAGGAGGUGGCUUCAUUUCUCCUCUCCUCUCGUCCCACCACCUGUCCGCUUGAUCCAGCACCUUUCCACCUUAUCAAAUCUCUCUCCCCUUGUUUUGUACCAUCCUUAACACACAUCCUAAACUGCUCUCUUUCAUCUGGUGUUGUCCCUGCUCCCCUUAAACAUGCUACUGUCAUACCCAUCCUAAAAAAGCUAUCCCUAGACCCAUCUUCCUCUUCCAACUAUCCUCCCAUAUCCCGGUUUCCUUUUUUCUCAAAACUUCUAGAAAGACUUGUCUUUACUGGUAUGACUCACUUCCAAAAUUCCAACUCCCUCCUCUUCAGUCUGGCUUUCGCCUCCUCCACUCUACUGAAACUGCUCUUAUUAAAGUUACAAAUUACCUAAUCGCAGCCAAAUCCAGGGGCCACUACUCCAUACUAAUUCUUCUUGACCUCUCUGCUGCCUUUGACAGUGUUGAUCAUGUCCUUCUUCUCCAAACUCUUCAAUUCCUCGGUCUCUGUGACACUGUCCUCUCGUGGUUCUCCUCCUAUAUCUCUCAACGUUCGUUCAGUGUCUCCUUUUGCAAUGACACUUCUUCUCUCUCCUUGUCUCAAUUGGAGUCAACCAAGGAUCUGUUCUUGGUCCUCUUCUGUUCUCUCUUUAUACUGCCUUUCUUGGCAAACUCAUUAUCUCCUUUAGAUUCCACUGCCAUCUGCAUGCCGACGACACCCAGAUAUCUCUCUUCUCCACUGAUCUCUCCCCCGCGGCCCUACAACGUGUCACUGCUUGCCUUUCUUCAAUCUCAGAUUGGAUGGCCUCACGCUUUCUGAAACUCAAUCUCUCUAAAACUGAGCUUCUUAUUUCCCCCCUCAUAGUGCUGAUCCUCCUCCUUCGCUUUCCCUGCAAGUUGAUGGUACUUGCAUCAGUCCAUUCUUGCAAGUUCGUUGUCUUGGUGUUAUCUUUGAUCCUGGCCUCACCUUUGCACCACAUAUCCAGUAUGUUGCUAAAACCUGUCGAUUCCACCUUAAAAAUAUUGGCCACAUCCACCCCUUUCUCAUGCAAGAUGCUGCCAGGAGCUUGUUCAUGCUUUGGUAAUCUCUUGCAUGGAUUACUGUAAUUCUCUUCUAGUUGGUAUCCCCAAAAGCCGAACUCCCCCGCUACAAUCGGUGAUGUAUGCUGCCACUAGGCUGAUCUUUUUCACCUGUCGCUCCUCCCAUACCUCGCCCCUCUGUCAAUCCUAACACUGGCUUCCUGUAUCCUAUGGGUGUCAAUUCAAAAUACUAACCCUUACCUAUAAAGCUCUAACCAACUCUAGUCCCUCUUACCUGAUUCAUAGAUAUGCCCCUGCUCGGUCUCUCCACUCUGCCGGUGACCACCUCCUGUCCGCUGCGCACACCCUUACUGCUAACUCAUGCUUGCAGGACUUCUCGAAGGCGGCUCUCUUCUUUUGGAACAGCCUGCCUACCCCCAUCAGACUCUCCCCUAGUCUUCAAUUGUUUAAGAAGUCCAUCAAAACACAUCUGUUCAGGAAUGCUUAUGGACUCCCAGAGUAACUUAUCUAUACUUAUCCAAAUCUGUCUCUUGCUCUCCUAAAGAGCCAUACUCCAGUCUCACCUCCACCUCUACUACUUUUCCAUCUUGUUUUUUGGCUGUCACCCUUGCUGCCCUGUUGUGUAUUUGUACCCAACCUCAUCUAGACUGUAAGCUCGUUUGAGCAGGGUCCUCAUCUACAUAUUGUUCCUCUGUCACUGUGUAAUUGUCCCACUUAUUGUAAAUCCCCCUCCCCCCCCCUCCCCUUCAUAAUAUUGUAAAGCACUGCGGAAUUAGUUGGCGCUAUAUAAAUACCAAUAAUAAUAAUAAAAACUAAAAAAGGCAUAUGGAAAUCAAUAUGACCCCCUUAUUCAUAUAAGGGAGGGUUAGCCCCCCAAGUAUUAAGGCAAUUGUCUAAUUUCUAAACCAAAACAAGAAUUUUGGCCUAAUAUAACAUUUUAACAUUAAAGGAGCACUAUAAGGUCAGGAACACAAACAUGUAUAGUUAAAAACACCAUAUAGAUCCCUUACUUGAUAUUUUUGUUGUGAAUAUCAUUAUUCUGAUUUUACUUAAAUAAAUUUGCAUUCUGUAAUGCCUCACAGGUACAACAAUUCAACAAUUGCCCCAAUGUACAGGUUUCAUGUUUUUUUUUUUUUUGGAACUUACAGAGCCAAAAAUGUUGCUUGUCCAUUUCAGUCCUUAACAUUGUAGCCACUUUGUCAUUAAACAUAGAAAAAUUCUAAUUUUUCAUACAAACACUACUCUUUCACUGUUCAUAUCAUCAUCCAUUUAACUGCAAUAAACACCCAUAGUUCUGUUCAGCAACAUCUCACAAGUACAAUAAUACCCACAUGUGCUGUUUUCUGGGGUUCUGGAAAGUUACAGGGUCAAAUAUGGGGCAUGCCCAUUUCAGUCAUCAUACAUGGAAAUUUGACAAAUUUAUAUUCUGAGCCUAUUUAAUCACUAACCAUGCUUUGGUUUAAUAAAAAUAAAAAUAAAUUGUGUUUAAAAAAACGUCCUUAGCGUCCUUGCUAAGAUUAAGGACUUUCAUAUAUUUUACAGAAAAGUGUGUAUUUUUUGUUUUAAUAUUCAAUGGUUUAUGAAGGAAAAAAGUCAUUCUUUUGUUUUAUUUAUUUUGUAAACAUAUAUGUGAAUAUAAAGUAACACCCAAUAGAUGUUUCAACUAACACCUAUGAAGGAGAUCCAUGUUUUCUCUCUGUGUUAGUUAAACCUAAAUAUCAUCAAAUAAUCUUAAAGGAAAUAACAGCAAAGGAAAAAUAUGUUAAUUUAUUUAUUCUCAUUCUGUUUCAUGGUCCCUUUGUAUCGAUAAAAAACAAAGUAAAAAUGUGAGAAAAACGUGGGCGGACUUUACGGCUCAUUCACUAUACAAAAUGUUAGAAACAUGCCCAGUUGUGACAUCAUAUCACACAUAUGACAGGUUGAUGACAUCACAAUAGAAUAGAUAUCUCCAGUGAUCCAGCUCAGCUUUGUUUCUUCAUUCAGUGCAGCGGAAUUCAGCUAGUCAGCUUGUUGUAUAUUCAGUCUUCAUCUCUAAGGGAACCAUGAAGUAUUAGUAUCUAGAGUGGAAUUAUUGCAGAUCUUCUAGUGGGAAUUGUAAAGAAAACAAAUCCAUCUACUACAAAAGAUCUACUGAGAGGUAAGAAAAGAAGGAAAGGAGAAGAAGAAAUGAAGAUUCUCAAGAAUAUUCAUACAUGUUAUCUGCCAUAUUAGAAUAUAUACUAUAAACAGGGAUAGCCUUUCUCUGUAUUGUACCAUUUAUAUUAAUAUGAAACCUGCAAGCCUGUGAGUCUUUCCCUGCAUUAUACUAUGUAUACUAAUAUGAAAGAAUGAUGCCAAAGUCAGCUUCUUAUAUGAAGACUGAAGUUGGCUUCAUAUUCACCGUGCUUAUUAUGUAGGUUGGCUUCAUGUUCAACCAGCGUUUUUUUUAAUAAAAGUAAUUAUUUACUAAAGAACAAAAAAACUAUUUUCAAAAGCUUCAAUCUAGAUUAAAGGGACACUUUAGUCAUUAGAACAACUACAGCUUAAUGUAGUUGUUAUCGUGUCUAUAGCAUGUUCCUGCAGGUAUUUUAAUGUAAACACUGCCUUUUCAGAGAAAAUGCAGUGUUUACAUUACAGCCUUGGGAUACCUUCAGUGGCCACUCUUCAUAUGGCUACUAGAGGUGCUACCUAGGACAGUGCUGCACAGUAGCACGGACAUUUAGUGUCUCCACCUUCUACAUGGAGACACUGGACUUUCCUCAUAGAUAUGCAUUGAUUCAAUGCAGCUCUAUGAGGCGAUGCUGACUGGCCAGGGUGGGUGAGAAAGCAUUGUGAUUGGCUCAGAUCAUCACUUCUGAUGAUGUCAGCCAAGGAGGCAGAUCAGAGGCAGAGCCAGCAGCAGCAGACUGGAAUAAAUGUAAGAUUUUACUAUAUUAAGGGGGGCAGGAAGGGAAGGAAGAAAAGAAACCAAAUUUUGGUGUGCCAAUAUGGUACUCAUAGAAGAAAAGCUUGGUUACUUAUUUAGAAUUUACUAUUGAAAUGUAUUAGUGUUAGUGUGCCAGGUUUGAUUGCAUAUUUUGUGAUCAAUAUCAUUUAGCUCAGGCCAAUUGAACUUUUUCCUACAGAGCAAUGUAAAAUAGUAGAAAACAAGCCAAAUCUGAGUGAGCCAAGGUGGUUUUCAUUGAGCAAAAAAUUGGUUACCUUUUUAGGAUUAACUAUUGAUAUGCAUAGAUGCUAUGGUGCCAGGUUUGUUAGCGGGAUCAAUACAAUUUGACUCAGGACAGAUUGAACUGUUUUCUUUAGACGCAAGCCCUAUCAGAAGAAAACAAAAAAAAUUGGGUGAGCCAAUAUGGUUUUUAUAGGGGGAAAAGAUUGAUUAUUGACUUAUUCAAAAUUUUCUAUUGAAAUGCAUGGAUGCAAUAUUUUGCGAUCACUAUCACUUGACUCAGGCCUAUAAUGGAUGCCCAAUUAGUCAAAAACAAGCCAGAUCUAGGUGAGCCAAUGUUGUUUUCAUAGUGAAACAGCAUGGUUACUUAUUACAACUGAAAGCAUGGAUGUUAGUUGGCCAGGUUUGGCAUAUUAAUCUCAUGAUUAAUAUAUUUUUGGCAGAACAGUUUGAUCUUAUUCAUAUAGAGGGAUGCCAGUUAGUAGAAAACAAGCCAAAACUUGGGGAGCCAAGAUGGUUUUAGAAGGGGACAUUUCUGGUUACCUAUUCAGAAUUUCCCUUUGAAGUUCAUUAAUGUUAGGGUGCCAGGUACUGUGUUGUAUUGUAUGAUUAAUAUUAUUUGGCUCAGGCCAGAGUGAACAUUUUUAUAAACAGGGAAGCCUAAUUAAAAGAAAAUAAACCAAAUUUGAGCGAGGCAGGAUGAUUUCCAUAGAGGAAGAACUUGGUUACUUAUUCAGAAUUUCCUAUUGGAUGUUAGGAUGCCAGGUUUGGUGCCAUAUUUCACAAUCAAUAUCAUUUGGUUACGGCUAGAUUGAACUGGGUGUCCAGUUAGUAGAAAACAAACCAAAUAUGGGUGAGGCAAGGUGUUUAUUUUUCGGGGAAAAGCAUGGUUACUUAUUCAAAAUUUCCCAUUGAAAUGCAUGGAUGUUUGAUUGUCUUGUUUAGUUGUAUAUUUUUAUUUAUCAAUAUAAUUUGGCUUAGGCCAGACGGAAUGUUUUCCUUUAGAGGGUAGUCCAAUCAGAAGAAAACAAACCAAAUUUGAAUGUGCAAAUAUGGUUUUCAUACAGGAAAAAUGUAGUUACUUCUUCAGAACUUCCCACUGAAAUGCAUGAAUGUUAGGGUGCCAACUUUGAUGCCAAAUUUUGCAAUCAAUUUUAUUUGACUCUGGCCAGAUUGAACUUUGGAUGGCAAAUUAGUGGAAAACAAGUCAUAUCUGGGUUAGCAAAGAUAAUCAUAAUAGUGGAACAUUUGAAUUUCGUAUUGAAAUGUAUGGAUGUUAGGGUGCAAGGUUUGUUGCCAAAUUGUAAGGUCAAUAUCAAUUGGCUCAAGUUUGAUUGAACUUUUUGGAAGUUUUCUAAUUGUUGUUUGGGAGAUAAUUACUUUCAUGAAAAAGAUGCUAGAUGAACAAGAAGCCAACCUGAAUACAUUCCAGCUGUAUACUGUUGGGUUAAGUGUAAUGAAUACAAAUGUCCAUCUAACGCUCCAUUGGAAGAAAUGAAAAUUGAAUGAAAGGAGAAGAAAUGAAGAUUCUCAAGAAUAUUUCUGUACUUUACAAAUAAGAAAACUCUGUAAGCAAAGAUCAUUCUCUGUAUUAUAUCAUUCAUUUUAUAUUGACAGCUCUGUGAGCUUUUGUCUUUCCAUCAGUUUUGCCAUUUAUAUUAAUAUGAGAACUCUGUGAUCAAAUAUAUUUUUCUAUAUUCUACCAUUCAUCUUAAUAUGAAAGCUGCAUCUAUUCUCUGUAUUGUAACGUUCAUAUUAAAGUGUAAGCUCUGUGAGCAAGGACCUCUCUCUGUAUUGUAUCGUUCAUUUUAGAGUGUAAGCUCUGUGAGGAGGGACCUCCUUCUAUGUAUUGUAUCAUUCUAAUUAGAGUGUAAGCUCUAUAAGCAGGGACCUACUUCUAUGUAUUGUACCCUUCAUAUUAGAGUGUAAGCUCUGUGAGCAGGGACCUCAAUUUUUGUAUUUUACCAUCAUAUUCGAGUGUAAGCUCUGUCAGAAGGGACAUCUCUUUCUGUAUUGUACCAUUCCUAUUAGAGUGUAAGCUCUGUGAGCAGGGACCUCCCUCUCUGUAUUGUACCAUUUCUAUUAGAGUGUAAGUUCUCUCAGAAGCGACCUCCCUCUCUGUAUUGUACCAUUUCUAUUAGAGUGUAAGCUCUGUGAGCAGGGACCUCCCUCUCUGUAUUGUAACAUUCAUAUUAAAGUGUAAGCUCUGUGAGCAGGGACCUCUCUCUCUCUGUAUUGUAUCGUUCAUUUUAGAGUGUAAGCUCUGUGAGGAGGGACCUCCUUCUAUGUAUUGUAUCAUUCUAAUUAAAGCUCUAUAAGCAGGGACCUACUUCUAUGUAUUGUACCCUUCAUAUUAGAGUGUAAGCUCUGUGAGCAGGGACCACAAUUUUUGUAUUUUACCAUUAUAUUCGAGUGUAAGCUCUGUCAGAAGGGACAUCUCUUUCUGUAUUGUACCAUUCCUAUUAGAGUGUAAGCUCUGUGAGCAGGGACCUCCCUCUCUGUAUUGUACCAUUCAUAUUAGAGCGUAAGUUCUGUCAGAAGCGACCUCCCUCUCUGUAUUGUAUCAUUCCUAUUAGAGUGUAAGCUCUGUGAGCAGGUACCUCCCUCUCUGUAUUGUACCAUUCAUAUUAGAGUGUAACCUAAAAGACCUCAAUUCCUGUAUUGUACCAUCAAUAUUAGAGUGUAAGCUCUGUGAGCAGGGACCUCUCUCUCUCUCUGUGUAUUGUACCAUUCCUAUUAGAGUGUAAGCUCUGUGAGCAGGGACCUCCCUCUCUGUAUUGUACCAUUCCUAUUAGAGUGUAAGUUCUGUCAGAAGCGACCUCCCUCUCUGUAUUGUACCAUUCCUAUUAGAGUGUAAGCUCUGUGAGCAGGUACCUCCCUCUCUGUAUUGUACCAUUCAUAUUAGAGUGUAACCUAAAAGACCUCAAUUCCUGUAUUGUACCAUCAAUAUUAGAGUGUAAGCUCUGUGAGCAGGGACCUCUCUCUCUCUCUGUGUAUUGUACCAUUCCUAUUAGAGUGUAAGCUCUGUGAGCAGGGACCUCCCUCUCUGUAUUGUACCAUUCCUAUUAGAGUGUAAGUUCUGUCAGAAGCGACCUCCCUCUCUGUAUUGUAUCAUUCACAUUAGAGUGUAAGCUCUGUGAGCAGGGACCUCUCUAUAUGUAUUGUACCAUUCCUAUUAGAGUGUAAGUUCUGUCAGAAGUGACAUCCCUCCCUGUAUUGUACCAUUCCUAUUAGAGUGUAAGCUCUGUGAGCAGGUACCUCCCUCUCUGUAUUGUACCAUUCAUAUUAGAGUGUAACCUAAAAGACCUCAAUUCCUGUAUUGUACCAUCAAUAUUAGAGUGUAAGCUCUGUGAGUAGGGACCUCUCUCUGUAUUUUACCAUUUAUAUUAGAGUGUAAGCUCUGUGAGCAGGGACCUCUCUCUCUCUGUGUGUAUUGUAUAAUUCAUAUUAGAGUGUAAGCUCUGUGAGCAAGGGCCUCUAUCUCUGUAUUGUAUCAUUCAUAUUAAAGUGUAAGCUCGGUGAGCAGGGACCUCUCUCUUUGUAUUGUACCAUUCCUAUUAGAGUGUAAGCUCUGUGAGCAGGGACCUCCCUCUCUGUAUUGUACCAUUCAUAUUAGAGUGUAAGCUAUAAGACCAGAUACCUCAAUUUCUGUAUUUUACCAUCAAUAUUCGAGUGUAAGCUCUGUGGGUAGGGACCUCUCUCUCUGUAUUUUACCAUUCAUAUUAGAGUGUAAGCUCUGCGAGCAGGGACCUCUCUCUCUCUGUAUUGUAUAAUACAUAUUAGAGUGUAAGCUCUGUGAGCAGGGACCUCUCUCUCUGUAUUGUAUCAUUCAUAUUAGAGUGUAAGCUCUGUGAGCAGGGUAUUCUCUCUGUGUAUUGUAUAAUUCAUAUUAGAGUGUAAGCUCUGUGAGCAGGGACCUCUUUCUCUCUCUGUAUUGUAUAAUUAAUAUAAGAGUGUAAGCUCUGUGAGCAGGGACCUCUCUCUAUGUAUUGUAUAAUUCAUAUAAGAGUGUAAGCUCUGUGAGCAGGGACCUCUCUCUAUGUAUUGUAUUAUUCAUAUUAGAGUGUAAGCUCUGUGAGCAGGGUAUUCUCUCUCUGUAUUGUAUAAUUCAUAUUAGAGUGUAAGCUCUGAGCAGGGACCUCUCUCUCUGUAUUGUAUAAUUCAUAUUAGACCUCUCUCUGUAUUGUAUAAUUAAUAUUAGAGUGUAAGCUCUGUGAGCAGGGACAUCUCUCUCUGUAUUGUAUCAUUCAUAUUAGACCUCUCUCUGUAUUGUAUCAUUCAUAUUAGAGUGUAAGCUCUGUGAGAAGGGACCUCAUUCUCUGUAUUGUACCAUUCAUAUUAGAGUGUAGGCUCUGAGAGCAAGGAAGUUAUUUUCUGAAUGUUAUCCUUUCUAGUAGCAUUUUAGUGUAAUAUGUUCAGCAAUAUACAGUUAUAACACAUUAGUUGGCUGGUCCAGAGUAUAUUAAACCGAUCGCCAUACAUGGGGUCAGGAAGGAAUUUUUUUUCCCCAGCAAGACAUCAUUUACCUGGGUUUUUCUUUGCCUUCCUCUGGAUCAAUCACAUAUUAUUAAUCACAGGAACCGCAGCAAUGUUAAAAUGUCUGCCUGUAUAUUGCAGUACAAUAAUAAUUAAUAAAAAUAAUUAUAACUGUAUCUGUGAUUAUCUGAUUCCUGAUUAAUAUCACCACACAGAUCAAACAUGAAGAAAUCACAUUAUCUGAAUGAAGAAAGUGUGUGUGAUGAGUGGAAAAAAACAUCUAGGACUUGUUUCGUAAUCUGAAUCUAUAUCUCAAAUAAAUAAAACAGAUUACGGGAAUGCACAUGAUGUAAAACACUAUCAUCACUAGUGGUCCAGAAUUCAUGUACGCUUCAAUGUUAACAAAUAAAGAAGUGAGCUAAUGCGGAGGGAGAGUAUGAUUGGUCACUCUGAGUGUCUGAUGUACAAAUCUAAAUUGAUCAAGGAACCGAGACCCAACAAAGGAUUGAAAAUUAAAAUAGUAUUAGAUUGUAUCUCCAGAAUCUUGGGUCAAGAAUGGAUCUGUGUCAAUAUGCUGCAUUUUUUUUUUGUUAACCAAGAGAGAAAAGAAAUAAGAGGAAUACAGCCUAAAUAGCUAGCUGAAUAAGCAUGUCACUUCCUGGGAUAAGAGGAGAAAAUCAAAGGAUGCACAGGGCCAGGCUGUACAUAUGGACAUGCUAAGUGAGAUCAGGCUAGGCAAGUAAUGGCUAGCCAAGAGGGUUGUCAGUGGGAGAAACUUUUAACAAAUAAACAACCAUGAAUUGUCAGAACUGACAAUAUGAGGGAGUAUAAAACCACUGUGGGUGAGAGAGAAACAUCAUGAUAGACAUAGUAUGAAUGCAUCAGCUCUCUAUGCUAGAAGCUUUACUAGGAGUAUAACACUUGGUUUGUUUGUUUUUUAAUACUUUAGUUUUUUUUCUGCGAAAAAAACAAACAAGUACAGAUAUGUGAAAAAAAGCCCUAACAAUUAUCCAACAAAGGAGUUAAAGGACCACUCUAGGCACCCAGACCACUUCAGCUUAAUGAAGUGGUCUGGGUGCCAGGUCCAGCUAGGGUUAACCCAUUUUUUCAUAAACAUAGCAGUUUCAGAGAAACUGCUAUGUUUAUGAAUGGGUUAAGCCUUCCCCUAUUUCCUCUAGUGGCUGUCUCAUUGACAGCCACUAGAGGCGCUUGCGUGCUUCUCACUGUGAUUUUCACAGUGAGAGCACGCAAGCGUCCAUAGGAAAGCAUUGUAAAUGCUUUCCUAUGCGACGGGCUGAAUGCGCGCGCAGCUCUUGCCGCGCGUGCGCAUUCAGCCCAGGAGGAGGAACGGAGGAGGAGAGAAGGAGGAGAGCUCUCCGCCCAGCGCUGGAAAAAGGUAAGUUUAAACCCCUUUUCGCCUUCCAGAGCCUGGCGGGAGGGGGACCCUGAGGGUGGGGGCACCCUCAGGGCACUAUAGUGCCAGGAAAAUGAGUAUGUUUUCCUGGCACUAUAGUGGUCCUUUAAAUACAAAAUAUUAAAGAUAAAUAACAAAAGGUUAAAAUGCCAUCCACUCAAUAAAAACCGAAUACAAAUGUGAUCAAUUAGGAUAGCUGCAAUAGAUAACCAUGACCAAAUAGUAGACCCUGUGAUUUUUUUUUUUUAAAUAAAAGAAUAUAAUCAUUCUGAAGAUAUUUCAUCAUCCCGGUGUCUCUAAGCAGCCUGAUCUUUCAGUGGAAUCUGAAGCCAAGUGGAAGCUGUCCUUAGGUUGGCAUACCACGUACAAGUAAGUAAUAACUUGAGGGGAUUGUUUAUUUAUUUAUAAAAUAUUUCACCAGGAAAGAUACAUUGGGAUUACUCUCGUUUUCAAGUAUGUCCUGGGUCCAUAAAACAUUGCAUUGUUACAUUAUGGUACAAUAAAAUACAAAAACAAUAUUAAUACACAAUAUAUACAAAAUUCAACAUAGCACAGGUAGAAAAUAUAUAAUCAACCAUGACAGGUGCAUUCUGUUUUGAGGUAUGCAGAGUUUAGGCUUGGGGAAGAUUUGAAAGUGUGCGGGAGGUCGUUCCACAAUUGUGGCGCUCUGUAGGUAGGAAAAGGAGGAUCGAGCCGCUUUCUUUUUGUAUUGAGGUAGGAUAAAAAAAGUGCUGGUAAAGGAUCGGAGGUUAUAGGAGAUGGGAACAGCAUUGGAGAGCAUUCUGCUCUGGUAGGGCGGGAUCUACCCAGAAAAGCUCUUAACCCCUUCAGGACGGGUGACGGACGAGGUCCGUCACAGAGAGGAGACCCUUAACGACGGGUGACGGAUCUCGUCCGUCACGCGGUAAAAUUAACCCCGGAUCGCCGCUAUCGCGGCGAUCGCGGGGUUAAUGGUAUUAGAGGCAUACCAGGAGCACCCGGUCAGGCUGCCCAGCACAUGUGCUCGCUCUGACCGCAAGUCUGAGCGAGCACAUGUGCUCUGUAUACUCACCUACCGGCUCCCUGCGCUUCCGGGUUCUGUGUGAAGUGCAGGGAGCUGGAUCAGUGAUGAUCCUGCCCCCUGCUGGAAAAAAAAAUAAAGUUAAUUUAAAGUGUCCCCCCCCUUACCCAUUUUAAUAAAAAAUUAACCCAUUCCCUGCCAAUUGAUCACUGACUACAGUGAUCAAUUGGCAGGGAUUACAUUUUACUAUGAUCUGAUUUUUUUUUUUAACCCCUGAGGGUUAAUUCUUUUUUUUUUUAACCCUCAGGGGUUAAAUUAAUUAAUUAAAUUAUUUUUAAAUUAUAUAUUUAGAUAGCUGGGGUGGGUGGAAGUUAGUGGGGAAUUGGGGGAUUUGGCGUUAGGCUAACUAGGGGUUAACGUUAAAAAAAGUUUUAAAAGAAACUUUAAAAAGUUAAAAAUUAAGCUUAAAAAAAUGUUUUAAUAACAUUUAAGUAAAAAAAACAAAAAAAACGGGGGCGGAGCUAGCAUCCGACGGCAACGGUCGCUCUCUGCUUGAGCUCCGACAAACGGGCACGAAAAACGCCCUAAUCCUGCUGAACAUACCCCCCAACACCCCCCAACAAGCCCCAGACAACUCUCCUUACGAUGGGGAGAUGGCGCAGGGAGGACUGACAUGGCGGCGGACAUGGGAGAUUUCUCAGACGACUCGGCUGACUACUCCCUCCACGAUACAGAAGAGCGGGGAAUUAACCCUACAACAUCUGCCCAGCCAGCAGCCAAAGGGUCAGAACCUCUCACCACAGGGAUACUUACCGGCCUCCUGGCGGAUCUCCGCCACAGCCUCUCCUCAGAAAUCUCCCAGGUGAGAGAAGACCUCAGGGGAUUUAACGGGCGCCUAAAUAUAAUUGAGCAGACAACCACAACACAUGCAGCCCACAUCCAAGGGCUGCAGAAUCAGAUUGCCACUCUCACUUGGUCUCCUAUAUGGCACUGUAGCUUCACAAAAUAGUGACAAAGACAUUCAUUGGGGGUGUAUUUUUACUCAAAAGACUUAGCUGAGCAUAAUUUGGGAGGUUUGAACUUAGUGGCACAUAUGAAAUAUACAAAACGCCCAGCAAAAAUGCAAUCCGUAUGUAAAAAAUGCACAAAAUAAUUUUUUUACCACAUACUUUGGCAUAUAUUGGUGAAAAAAUGGGGGUAUGUUAAGGCACAAUAUGCACCUUAUGAGAUACCCUGGAGUGUCUACUUUUACAAAUGGUAGGCCUUUGUGGGGGGUUUUUGAACAGUCAAACUGUUAUAAUACCCCAAAUGGAAGCUAAGGCUCAUUAAAUCCAUCUCUCAAAAUUCUACUGUGAAUACUGUAAAGGACAGGUCUCCUAUAUGGCACUGUAGCUUCACGAAAUAGUGCCAAAGACAUUCAUAUGGGGUGUCAUUUUACUCAGAAGACUUAGCUGAGCAUAAUUUGGGGGGUUUGAACUUAGUGGCACAUAUGAAAUAUACAAAACGCCCAGCAAAAAUGCAAUCCGUAUGUAAAAAAUGCACAAAAUUAUUUUUUACCACAUACUUUGGCAUAUAUUGGUGAAGAAAUGGGGGCAUGUUAAGGCACAAUAUGCACCUUAUAAGAUACCCUGGAGUGUCUACUUUUACAAAUGGUAGGCCUUUGUGGGGGUUUUUGAACAGUCAAACUGUUAUAAUACCCCAAAUGGAAGCUAAGGCUCAUUAAAUUCAUCUCUCAAAAUUCUACUGUGAAUACUGAAAAGGACAGGUAUCCUGUAUGGCACUGUAACUUCACGAAAUAGUGCAAAAGACAUACAAUGGGGGUGUCAUUUUACUCAGCAGAUGUAACUGAACACAAAAUAAAACUUUGUACAGGAAUAGCACACACCAACUUUACAAAAUAUACACGAGAAUUUCUCUGUUAUAAGUUUGUGUGCCAAAAACCAAAAAGAACACAGUUUUACUCCAAUAUUUAGCAGAGGUUGGCGGUGAAAUGGCUACGUAGAAAGUGUCAAAACAACCUUAGGAAAAUAGCCCGUGAUGUCUACUUUAUAUAAAUAUAUACUUUUGUGUGGCAAUUUUGUUUUCUUUUAUGGCUAUUAAGCUUACAAGACAAACAUACCAAAUUCUAAAAUCGCUCCACAUUAAAAGUUUAUUUUACUCCUUGUGCUUUGUGACCUGUAACUACCAAAAAAAACUUAAAAUCCCAGACACAUUAUAUAUUCUGUAAAUCAGAACAAAUAAAUAAAUUUAUUUUUAAUUACUUUCCUUAACCUGCACUAAUUAUGCACACAUUAUUAUUGCAAAAACUGUAAAAAAAACAAUAUUUUUCAUUUUUUUUGCAUUUUUCUGUAUUUUUUUUAUAAUAAGUAAGCAUUAUAUAUAUAUAUAUAUAUGUUAUAUCAAAUUAAAGCCCUUUCUGUCCUUUAAAAAACAGUAUAUAAUAUGUGUCGGUGCAAUAAAUGAGAGAGAUGCAAAUUGCAGUUGAACGCAAACAGCAAGAAAAUGCAAAAAUUGCUUGUGUCAUUAAGCGUAAGUCAAGCUUCUGAAGCUGUGUCCUUAAGGGGUUAAACAGAAGGCUGGAAAGAUGAAGUAUUCCAGCGACAACCAGUUUAGUUCUUUUAGCAUGUCACAAUGGUGGGUCAUGUAAUUACAUUGUAGCACAAAUCUGCAGAACGAAUUAUACAAUGUGUUGAGUUUAUUAAUGUGGGAUUGUGGUGCAGAUGCAUAUACUACAUCCCCAUAAUCAAUGAUUGGCAUCAGCAUUUGCUGUACAAUCUUUUCCUUUACUGUAGGGCUUAGGCAGGAUUUGUUUCUGAACAGGGCACCUAGUUUUGGAUAAAGUUUUGGAUAAAGUUUAGACGCAAGUUUUUCUAUGUGGAGGCCAAAAGAUAGAUUGGGGUCUAACAUCAUACCCAAGUAUUUGAAAGAGUAGACUGCGGUCAGUGUACUAUUUGAUUUUGUUUUGACGGAUAGGUGGGAAUUGUGUAAUUUGUGUAAUUUAUGUAUUGUUCCAAAGAUCAUUGUGACAGUUUUGUCAGUGUUUAGGAAGAGUUUGUUUUUUGCGAUCCACUUUUCUACCUCUGUAAACUGGUGAACUGAUUAAGAGAUAACUACUUAUUUCUAGUUUUUCACUACAAGCUUUAUCAUAACUAUAAAGAUAAUAUUGAUCAGUUUGGUUUGGGAAAUCAUUAACUCAGAGGGGUGAAAAAACAAAAUAGCGCAUUCUGCUUUGAAGGGUAAAGUAACUGCUAGUCCCGGAUAGAAAACUACCACCAUGAUGGCAUACCAUUUUUAAAAGUAGACAACCCUUGGUAUUCCAAAUGAGGUAAGUCCAGUCAUUUUGUGUAGCCAAAAACAUGGCCAAUUUGUUUUGUGUGUGUGUUUUUUACACGGAUUCUGCACUUUCACCAUUUAUAUCAUCCCUAUAUAUUUGCUGCAAUAAAACAUGCAUAUUUUUGCUCAGUAAUGUCAUCCCACAAUCACAACAAUACCCCUCCUCCCUCCAUGUACACAGUGCAUGAUUUGUGUUUUAAGUUAUAUGGCCAGGUAUAUGGUUUAUCCAUUUUGGCUUUUAUACAUGGAAGUUUGACAAAUUGAUUUUUGGUCCUAUGUCGCCUUUGAGGCAGUAUGGCAUUCCAGGAAUGAAAAUUACCUCCAUGAUGGCAUAUCAUUUGCAAAAGUAGAUAACAUGGUGUGUUCCAAAUGGGGCAUGUCUAGGUGUUUUUUGUUUUUGUAGGCACAAAACUUGGCCAGAUAGAGUGUUCAUAUUUGUUUAUGGUUUUUUUUAUACACAAACUGCACUUUCACUGUUUAUAUAAUCAUCUUUAUAUAUUUUACUACUAUAAAGCACCUGUAUUUCUUUUCAACAAUGUGCCACAAUUAUAACAGGAGACGUGCUUAGUCUUGGCAUGCGCCUUGCGACUCGCUUGAGAAUGUUGCGUAGGGUGGGGGGUGGGCAUUAGAGCAGGGGCCAGAAGCUGUACUAACGCCUGUUGUAUAGUAUGGGAUAGGGAUGAAGAUACUGCUCCCAUGGCCGAGGCCAGGGCUCUCUGCAUGGUAGAAUCAAUUAGGUCUUGGAAUUCCUGAGAGGGUGUAAGGCCGGUCUCCUCGGUGGUCGGGGUGUGCAUACAGUCCAUAAUGGAGAAGUUGGGGCUGUCAGCCCCAUCAGCUCUAGCCUGCAUCACUGAGACAGUGGGGAAUAUCCCACAGUAUAUACCAAUAUAUGGCAAAGUGGGUGAAGUGCAGAGAGACAGUGUCUAUAUGUGCCCAGAAUACAAUGAGUAAGGAGAAACUUGACCUACUACUAACCUAAACUGACACAAAGGCAUAACAAAGGGGGUUGAGUAACCCACUGACAAUAGGCAUGAGGAGCCGUGCCGUAGAGGGAGACUGAUCGUCAUGGAGGUAACAGGAGGGGUAAAACAGGGAGCGGAGAUGCUCCAGCAGACGUGUCCCCUGGUAGUUGUGGGUCCCAGCCUGCAGGCCCAGACUGGCCAUCGGACAUACCGGGCAAAUGCCCGGUGGGCCGCGAUGGCCGUGGGGCCGAGGCCAGCAGGGGAUCUCUCCUGCCAGCCCCUGCAGGGCCAGCGCUAUCCGAGCACCGGCCCCGCUGUGUGCCUCCAUGGGCCGGUGGGGAGAUCAAAGAUCUCCCUCACCAGCCCAGAGGCAUGGAGAUGGGGCCGCAGGCUGGGGAGUGAGGGAGGGAGGCAGGAGAGAGGACCGGUGGAGCUCUAGCCAGCAGCUCCGCUGGGUCCUCUCGCGGGAUUCUGAGCGCUGCCGCGGUUACCACGGCAACGCUCAGAUCUCGCGAGAGUGAACUCUAACCCGCAGGUUAGAGUUCACUCUCACCACUGGACCACCAGGGAAGGCAGCAUGGCACCCCACCCAAGCAGAAUGGAUCUCCUCCCCCCUCCUCCCUCACAGGAUAAAGGUAAGAAGGGAGGGGAGGGGGAUAUCAUUUUUUUUUAUUAUUAAUAAAAAAAAAUAUUUAAAUUUAAAUAAAAAAUACAUUCACUCACACACACAGCACCCAGACACAGCAUCCCCCAGACACACACAGCACCCCCCAGACACACACAGCACCCAGACACACACAGCACCCCCAGACACACACAGCACCCAGACACACACAGCGCCCCCAGACACACACAGCGCCCCCAGACACACACAGUGAGUUAACAGACAAAGAAAAUUAGAAACCUAGAAUGUGACAGCAGAUAAAAACACCCUCACACACAGCACCCCUCUUACAUACACACACUGCGCCCCUCACACAUACAAUAAGUCCAAAUAUAUAUAUAUAUAUACAUACACACACACACACACACACACACUACAGCACCCCUCACACUGCACCACUACACACAUUACGCUCCAGAUACACACUAGAUCCCUUACCCUAUAUGCACUCUUAAUCCUCUACACACACACACACACACACUGGGUCCUUUACACAGUAGAUCUCCUACACACACACACUACAUUCCUUGUCAGCAAACACAUACAACAUUCUCUAAACACACCCUCUCUGCAACCCCUACACACACUACGUCACCUAUACACACACACUUCAGCCAGUAUGCACACACUCGCUGCAUCCCCUAUAAAACUAUGCCCCCUAUACACACACUCUUUACAGCCCCUAGCCACACAUAUUACACCACAAGCAAUAAAAAUAGAAAAGUGAAUGGCGCUUACACAAUGAAAGGAACACACAAGUAGUGGUGGGAUAAAAAGUGUUCCCCAACACCUUAAGUACACAAUGUAAGAUAAAAGAUAUAUUGACACUCAAUGUAUAAAUGCCAAAAAAAGAUCCACACACCACUCUCUUAGUCCCAAAUAGUGAGUAUAUACAAUACUUAUAAAUGAAAAGAUGUACGCUGAUGGUAUUCCAUGUACUGGAACCCUAGAAUAACACAAAGCAGUACAUAGCGUAGACUGUAUAUAAUAAUGAUAAUGUAGUAAAGAAUAAAUGAAUCCACUCACGAAUUCCAGAGCCGUACCAGGCUCUGUGUAAAGUGACCCAGGGUGCCUAUGCAGGCUAGAUAUGGAAUCUUCACAAAAUCCCUCAGAGGUAGGAGAAGCAGCAGAGUAAUGUCAAAAUAAAUAAAUUCAAAAUAAUUUUAUUUGUAAUAAAAAUAUGUAAAAACAACUACAUAGGUUGUAUAAAAAGGUAAUAUAGUAUGCAAACGCGUUUCAACUCAAACUGAGUCUUCUUCAGUGAAUUUUUAUUUUUAUUUUUAUUUAUAUUUAUUUUUAUUUCCAUUUUAUUUUUAAUUUUGAUUUAUUUUUAUUUUUAUUUUUUUUAAUUUGACAAUUUUUAUUUAUUUUAUUUUUAAUUUUGAUUCAUUUUAAAAAAAAAAAUUUUCUCAGUAUAUAUAUUUUUUAUAUUUUUUUAUAUUUUUUAUAUAUUUAUAUAUAAUUUUUUUUCUUUUUUAUAUAUUUAUAUAUAAUUUUUUUCAUUUUGCUAUUUUUCAUACUUAUUUAUUCCUUUUUAGUUGUGCCUGCACAUUCACAACUACCAAUCUUUAUAUAUGGGCUACAGUGAUAAUCCUUUUUGUCACACUAUAUUACACAAUAUAUGUAACUUCCGUUCUCUAAGGCUUUGUGAAUUUUAUUGCAUAGUUUCUGUAUGCAUUUGUCUAUGUUGUACAUCUAUAUAUAUUUGUUAUCUGUAAAUUCCUUAGAGCUUCCCAUACAUACAAUGGCAGCUGAUGCUUCAACUGGGCAAAUGAUCUGCACACAGUGAAGCCGAUAGUAUGAGUGCCGAAAAACCGGAAGUGACGUCAGACGCCGGCAAGCCGAACUUCCGCCCACGUGACCGGCAGCCGGAUAAGCGGCAUUUUUAAAGAGAAUCAGCUAGACGAACUGUUUAUGCACUGAAGAAGACUCAGUUUGAGUUGAAACGCGUUUGCAUACUAUAUUACCUUUUUAUACAACCUAUGUAGUUGUUUUUACAUAUUUUUAUUACAAAUAAAUUUAUUUUGAAUUUAUUUAUUUUGACAUUACUCUGCUGCUUCUCCUACCUCUGAGGGAUUUUGUGAAGAUUCCAUAUCUAGCCUGCAUAGGCACCCUGGGUCACUUUACACAGAGCCUGGUACGGCUCUGGAAUUCGUCAGUGGAUUCAUUUAUUCUUUACUACAUUAUCAUUAUUAUAUACAGUCUACGCUAUGUACUGCUUUGUGUUAUUCUAGGGUUCCAGUACAUGGAAUACCAUCAGCGUACAUCUUUUCAUUUAUAAGUAUUGUAUAUACUCACUAUUUGGGACUAAGAGAGUGGUGUGUGGAUCUUUUUUUGGCAUUUAUACAUUGAGUGUCAAUAUAUCUUUUAUAUUACACCACAAACACAAAUGAAAUUGACCUAUUUACACAAUACCACACCACACUCUACACACACGCAAUCCCACAAGCAGGCUCCAAACAUAUGCACCAUGUACUUUCCUGGCCCUUUUGUCCUCUGGUAUCCCACUUGUGGAGACACCAGAGACAAUUUAAAAGCAAACACAGUGCAAGCAUGUUAUUAAAUUUGAUUGUGCUGCGCAGAACAAAUUCAUGGCCUUUUUCUAAUGCCAGAGCUCUUCAGCGGGGCUCUGCGCAUUGAACCAACAUGCUCACUUUGAGAGGGGCGUGCUUGUCAUUAGUGAUGACAAAACACACACUCUCUGGCCCCGCCCCCUUCUUAGGGGGCUGCUCCGAUUGAAAAAUGCACAGGCCUAAUUUUUUUUCCAAGAAAAGAAAGAGUUAAGGACUCAGCGCUUAUUGUUCCCAAUAGAAAGACAUAUAUCCAAUGGUAAUAGAUAAAUUUAGCUGCUAAACAUUCUCAUGACUCCCUCAAUGUCACCAAUAAAUUCAAACAGUAAAAAAGGAAAAAAUUCCUUAAAGAAUGUAGCGCUUAUACAGUAAAAAAUAAUAUUAUCACCUUUUGGUAAUUGGACGAAAAAUAUUUUUUUCCCCUUUAUCCAGGUGUCCAAUAAAUGGUUUAUCUACAAAAGAUAAUCAUACAUAGUGCAGAUGGUAUAUAACUGUACAUUCAUAUAUCUAUAUAUGGUAUUAUUCACUCACAAACAGAGAGCUGUGGACCCAGUUCUAGUUGAAAUCACUCUCGGGUCCGUAUAGGCGACCCACCCCUGUUUAGGAUGUACGUCUUGUCCUACAGGGAAAUAAAUGGACCGGAGAUAGCGUAGCACAAUCUAUAAUAGUUAAAAUAAAGAUAUUGAUCCCAAGUGGGUACUUACAGACCAAGAGUCUAAAUUCUGAAGCAUAUCGAUCCGGUUGAGGAAGCUACGCUUGUGUGGUGAAACGCGUCCCGGCUUUUUAUUUGGACAUUGAUCCGAUUUUAUUUGUAUUUAUUUUAUAUACUGUGUUAAUAAAUUCACUUAUUCUUUUUUAUUUGGUUCUCCAUCCAUCCAUUUACAUCUGGGAGUGCAGUCCCUUAAUCUGCACAUUGCUCAAGAAUUGAGUCUAUUUAGACUCUUGGUCUGUAAGUACCCACUUGGGAUCAAUAUCUUUAUUUUAACUAUUAUAGACUGUGCUACGCUAUCUCCGGUCCAUUUAUUUCCCUGUAGGACAAGACGUACAUCCUAAACAGGGGUGGGUCACCUAUACGGACCCGAGAGUGAUUUCAACUAGAGCUGGGUCCACAGCUCUCUGUUUGUGAGUGAAUAAUACCAUAUAUAGAUAUAUGAAUGUACAGUUAUAUACCAUCUGCACUAUGUAUGAUUAUCUUUUGUAGAUAAACCAUUUAUUGGACACCUGGAUAAAGGGGAAAAAAAUAUUUUUUGUCCAAUUACCAAAAGGUGAUAAUAUUAUUUUUUACUGUAUAAGCGCUACAUUCUUUAAGGAAUUUUUUCCUUUUUUACUGUUCUAAUUUUUUUCCCAGUCCGGCCCUGCCGGCCUGUGUCCGUAAAAUUUCCAGCACAGGCAUGGAACCCGGUCACCAGAAAAGGGGGAGAGAGACACAGACAGGAAAAAAACUUAAAAGGAGCAAAAAAACAAAUACAGAAAACAAAUAAAUUAAUAAACAAUUUUGCAGAAAGCAAUGAAAAUCAAAAUCACAAUAGUCAGCAAUAUCAAAAUAACAGAGCAACAUAAGGAGGUAAAAUUAUACUUAGCUGGUCUGAGGACAGCAGCAAAGAAAGAGGAAGUGGAAGUAUACAGCAAGGCAUUUAUGGACUGUUCCUAUAAGCUGAUUGGCUACCCUGUUACUAGGCAGAGUUGGUUGUAUCUAUUAUAUAUUAUUCAUAUUAUACAUAUGUUCUCUUUCAGUUAUUUUUUCUCUUUGCUGCUGAGGAAUAAAGUAAGAAAGAGAUAGCAUAACAGGAGCCUCCGUGUCAUUAAUAAAAUUCAAAAUACUAACCCUUACCUAUAAAGCUCUAACCAACUCUAGUCCCUCUUACCUGAUUCAUAGCUAUGCCCCUUCUCGGUCUCUCCACUCUGCCGGUGACCACCUCCUGUCCGCUGCGCACACCCUUACUACUAACUCACGCUUGCAGGACUUCUCGAAGGCGGCUCUCUUCCUUUGGAACAGCCUGCCUACCCCCAUUAGACUCUCCCCUAGUCUUCAAUUGUUUAAGAAGUCCAUCAAAACACAUCUGUUCAGAAAUGCUUAUGGACUCCCAGAGUAACUUAUCUAUACUUAUCCAAAUCUGUCUCUUGCUCUCCUAAAGAGCCAUACUCCAGUCUCACCUCCACCUCUGCUACUUUUCCAUCUUGUUUUUUGGCUGUCACCCUUGCUGCCCUGUUGUGUAUUUGUACCCAACCUCAUCUAGACUGUAAGCUCGUUUGAGCAGGGUCCUCAUCUACAUAUUGUUCCUCUGUCACUGUGUAAUUGUCCCACUUAUUGUAAAUCCUCCCCACCCCCCUUCAUAAUAUUGUAAAGCGCUGCGGAAUUAGUUGGCGCUAUAAAAAAACCAAUAAUAAAAGUAAAAACAAAAAAAGGCAAAUGGGAAUCAAUAUGACCCCCUUAUUCAUAUAAGGGAGGGUUAGCCCCCAAGUAUUAAGGCAAUUGUCUAAUUUCUGAACCAAAACAAGAAUUUUGGCCUAAUAUAACCUUUUAACAUUAAAGGAGCACUAUAAGGUCAGGAACCCAAACAUGUAUAGUUAAAAACACCAUAUAGAUCCCUUACUUGAUAUUUUUGUUGUGAAUAUCAUUAUUCUGAUUUUACUAAAAUAAAUUUGUAUUCUGUAAUGCCUCACAGGUACAACAAUUCAACAAUUGCCCCAAUGUACAGGUUUUAUGUUUGUUUGUUUUUGGAACUUACAGAGCCAAAAAUGUUGCUUGUCCAUUUCAAUCCUUAACAUUGUAGCCACUUUGUCAUUAAACAUAAAAAAAUUCUAAUUUUUCGUACAAACACUACUCUUUCACUGUUCAUAUCAUCAUCCAUCUAACUGCAAUAAACACCCAUAGUUCUGUUCAGCAACAUCUCACAAGUACAAUAAUACCCACAUGUGCUGUUUUCUGGGGUUCUGGAAAGUUACAGGGUCAAAUAUGGGGCAUGCCCAUUUCAGUCAUCAUACAUGGAAAUUUGACAAAUUUAUAUUCUGAGCCUAUUUAAUCCCUAACCAUGCUUUGGUUUAAAAAAAAAUUAAAAAAAUGAAUUGUGUUUAAAAAAAAACGUCCUUAGCGUCCUUGCUAAGAUUUAGGACUUUCAUUUAUUUUACAGAAAAGUGUGUAUUUUUGUUUUAUUUUUCAAUGGCUUAUGAAGGAAAAAAGUCAUUCUUUAGUUUUUGUUUUUUUGUAAACAUAUAUGUGAAUAUAAAGUAACACCCAAUAGAUGUUUCAACUAACACCUAUGAAGGAGAUCCGUGUUUUCUCUGUGUGUUAGUUAAACUUAAAUACAGUUGCAAGAAAAAGUAUGUGAACCCUUUGGAAUGAUAUGGAUUUCUGCACAAAUUGGUCAUAAAAUGUGAUCUGAUCAUCAUCUAAGUCACAACAAUAGACAAUCACAGUCUGCUUAAACACACAAAGAAUGAAAUGUUACCAUGUUUUUAUUGAACACACCAUGUAAACAUUCACAGUGCAGGUGGAAAAAGUAUGUGAACUCCUAGACUAAUGAUAUCUCCAAGAGCUAAUUGGAGUGAGAUGUCAGCCAACUGAAGUCCAAUCAAUGAGAUGAGAUUGGAGGUGUUGGUUACAGCUGCCCUGCUCUAUAAAAAACACACACCAGUUCGGGGUUUGCUUUUCACAUGAAGCAUUGCCUGAUGUGAAUGAUGCCUCGCACAAAAGAGCUCUCAGAAGACCUACGAUUAAGAAUUGUUGACUUGCAUAAAGCUGGAAAGGGUUAUAAAAGUAUCUCCAAAUGCCUUGCUGUUCAUCAGUCCACGGUAAGACAAAUUGUCUAUAAAUGGAGAAAGUUCAGCACUGCUGCUACUCUCCCUAGGAGUGGCCGUCCUGUAAAGAUGACUGCAAGAGCACAGCGCAGACUGCUCAAUGAGGUGAAUAAGAAUCCUAGAGUGUCAGCUAAAGACUUACAAAAGUCACUGGCAAAUGCUAACAUCCCUGUUCGUGAAUCUACAAUAUGUAAAACACUUAACAAGAAUGGAUUUCAUGGGAGGAUACCACAGAGGAAGCCACUGCUGUCCAAACAAAACAUUGCUGCACGUUUACAGUUUGCCCCCCAGGAGAAGAGGCUGGCCCUGUGGGUACAUACCGGGUCGCAGGGGCGGCCGGGCCCCCUGGUGGGCCGGGCCCGGUCGCAGCCGCGACCCCUGCGACCCUGGUAUGUACGCCACUGCAUGGGGGGCAUAGGUGUACUCAGAAGACUUUGUAGAAAACAAACUGGGGUGUUUUCUGGCAGUAACAUAUAACCAAAAAGCAGAAUUCAAAAAUUACCUCCAUGCACUUUCUCUGAAAUUUUCUUAGCACAAUGGUUGGGGGAAGGGAGUUAAAACACCCCAUAUACAAUACCUUGGCAUGUCUACUUUAUAAAAAUAUAUACUUUCAUGAUGGUAACAUUAACUGGGGGAUGCAAAAAAUACUCCAAACUGAAGACAGGCCAAGCAUACUGUAACGGAUCACCUGCCACCCCGACUGGGUAGCUCCGUUGAAGGAUGCUCCUGGCGCUUCCUGAGGGUUUCCAGCACUCCAGCAGACACCAUAACCACCGAAGACUCAGAGAGCAAGACAGGAACAAGCUCUUACUAGAGCUUAGUAGUGAAAUAGCAAGGGAGUAUGACUAGCAUAGCAAUUCCUUGUAGCAGAUUCCCCCAAUAAGAGAGGGCACUCCAAAUUGAGGGUGAAGUAGAACUGAAGCUUUUAAUCAAACACUCUGCUUUUAUGCCCAUUUUACAAACAUAGAACUGCCCACAGGGUUUUGAAGAACAAACCAAUCAAUACAUUACAACACAGCCAAACACUCCCAUUCAUACCAGCAGAAAUCCUCCCCUCUGCCUGUGAUACAAUUACUGAACACAAUGGGCUAACAUAAUUAUCACAGGCAGGAAAAUACAGUUUUGCACAAUAUUCAUAACUUUAAAAGUAUACAUCAUAUUCACAUAAACUUACAUUUUCAGAAUCAGCAUACUCCAAAUACAAACAUGUGUCAAAAUCAUACAAAUUAGUCCAGUGGUUCAAAAGAUAGAUGGAAGACCUUUUUACCGACUGCAAGCAUGGCUUGGGUGUGGUAAUCCAACUAUCUCCAGCAUACAGAAAAUAUCUCCAUUUACAACAACAGCAAAAACACAAAAAAAUACAUAAUUCCCACAUUCAACCUAUCCCUAGAUAGCUUGGAUCUGAGCGCUCACUAUAUCCGAACAGCGCUCAGAUCCCACAAACAGUCAAAUCGCUAUGGGGUUAGAGUUUAGCAACAAGUUCCAACUGGUCUGGCAGUGUCCCUGGGACAACGCCCUGCUGGAGAACAAUAGACAGUAAACGGGGGAGGGGCACACCUUCUCAUGUAUUCAAAGGGACAGAAAAAGUGUUUCAAAAUCUUAAAAGCCCAAAUAAUGCUUACACAGGGCAAAGUCUCCCAGGGGCCAUAGUCACAUGGCAGGAGGCUGGCAAUCACUCUUCUCCAAUGCCCAGUGGCGAGGCUGGUUCCGCCACACAUACCUAUAUAUCAAGUUGAAAAACUGACAUGCACAAGUCUCUAUCGUGGCCUUUUAGCCCCCAAACAACCCAUCAAACCUAUGCAUGGGUGGUAUCACUGUACUCGGGAAAUGUUGCUGAACACAUUGUUAAUUCAUGCCUAAAGCACAAUGUGUGUGAAAAAAACACAAAAAAAUGCUAGCCUAAAGUUUAACAAAGGCUGGUGGUAGAAUUAAUGCAUGAAAAGUGUUAAAAUGCUACCAUUUAAAAUACCCUGGGUUGUCUACUUUUUAAAAAAUAUAUGGUUUGAUGGGGUUAAAAUACAUUGUCCAGCUUCAAAAAUGUCCCAAAUAGCACAUGGGCGCAGGUUGACUACAUGUCAAAAUUCCAAGUGUGGCCAUAUGUGGCUUUUUAGCCCCCAAACAACCCGACAAACCUAUGCAUGGAUGGUCACUGUACUCAGGAGAUGUUGCUGAACACAUAUUAGCGUGUUUUGUAGCAGCAACACAUAAUAGGAUUUUUGUUCGGGGCAUUUUCAUAUGAUAUAGAAUAAGAUGGGUUGUAGAGAUGUAGCUUUAGGAAUAAUCGGUUGAGGUGUGCCGAAACCGACGCAUGCUGUAGGCCGGUAAAAAGUGGGCUUACAUAGAGGAAAUAUGAACAAUGGGAGUGGAGGGUGGGGCUAUUCAUCUGACCAACAAAGGUAAGUAGGGAAAGGGGGGAGUCCCUUUUAUAUGUCUAUAGCCCCUCCCACAACUUCAGGCCAUGCCUUCCAAUCUGUGAAUUUAUAGCUGAAUUGCAAUGUAUGUGAAAAAAAUCAAACAAAGAAAUUACCUAUGCAAUGUUUGGCAAAGAUUGGUGGUAAAAUGGCUGCAUAGAAAGUGUCAAAAUAUCUUUAAAUGAAUACCCUGGGUUGUCUACUUUAAAAAAAAUAUGUACAUGUGGGGUGUGAUUCAGAGAUUUAUGACAGAUAACAGUGUUACAAUGUCACUAUUGAUACAUUUAAAAAAAUAUAUAUUUUGAAACAGCAAUUUCCUAUUUGUACUUAUAGCCCUAUAACUUGCAAAAAAAAGCUAAAAGGCAUGUAAACAAUGGGUGUUUUUAAACUCAGGACAACAUUUUGAAUAUUUAGCUUUUUUUUUUCAUUAGCUUUUGUAGAUAAGUAAAAGUAAAACACAUAUACAAACACAAAGAUAAAGCACCGCGCUUACAGCAGCAGUGGCUUAGUAUCCAACAGCUUAAAAUACAUAGUAAAAACAAAGAGAACGUUACCUGCGCUCUGGCCUAAAUCCCCAUGUGCGUUUAAACAGAAAUGGAGGCUCUUUGGUUUUAUUCCAAUGGCCAUUUGAAUAUGUAAGCUCACCUGCCACGUCAAGGCAAGCCUCAAUAGGUGAGUUCCUACACUAGCCAUUAGAUAUGCCGAUAUCAGCCAUGAGUCUCCAAUGAGACAGGAAGGGGUAUUUUAUAAACCCUUUAACAUUUAACCCUUUAUAGGGCUUCUGCACAUACAAUAAACUUUGAUGAUAUCAGACAAAGUGAGACAGUAAAACACAAAUUGUAAUUUUUUUAAAAUUUUUCACCGUAGUUUUUUUUUUAAAGUAAAUUAUAUGACAUGAUACAAAUAAUGGUAUGUAAAGAAAGCCCUUCUUGUCCUGAAAAAAAAACUAUAUAUAACUUGUAUGGGAACAGUAAAUGAGAGAGAGGAAAAUUACAGCUAAACACAAACACCACAAAAGUGUUAAAAUAGCCAUGGUCCUUAACGUACAACAUGGCCAAAACAGCCUGGUCCUGAUGGGGUUAAUGUUUGAUGUUUGUUUAUUUGUUUAACUUAUUACUUUUGUCUUUCAGUCGACAUUCUUGUGCCAGGACUCUGAAGAUAUGAGCUCUGUGCCCAUGACCUUCAUGGGAGAGAGAGUUGCAGAGACAGGGGCGCAAGCUGCUACUGAUGCCAUAUCUAAUCACAUACCUUAUGGAAAUAAAGCAUAUCGUCCUAGCUUUCCUGGGUCAGGAGGAGGUGCACCUUCUUCAGCACAGUAUGCAGUGAGGAAAUAUGGUCCCCAGAAAGCCAUUAUCUGGAAAGGAGCUCAAAAUGUUUGGCCAGCACCUGCUGCCAAUGAGCCACUUUCAUUUGCCAAACCACCAAAAGGUGUGAGCCAAAUACGAUUCAACAGUGCCAAAAACAAGAGUGACCAGAGUAAGUUCAUGGUAUUUUUCAUAGUUUAUGCGCUUAUUGCCUGUUCAUUUGCAAAAGGGUUGUUUGGAUUUCAUCAUGAUUUAUGAUAUAUCCAUGCAGUUUAUGAUAUCCAUUUGUCUAAAUAACCCUGCAAGUUUUUAAGUACCACUUUAUGGCUAUGAAGUAUAAGCUCACCUGUCAAAAUCAAGGCAUACCUCUUUGAUAAGUCCAACACUAACAACUAACCUUACUGUUUUCAGAUCAAUGUCUUUGCCUAUUCCUUACACCUAGCUAUCUAGAUUUAUCCAAGGGCUAUAGGGAUUGUGCAGCCAACCAACACGUCCAAAGACUCUGUUACUGGAAUCCCUUAAAAUCUACACAGGACACAGUUACAAAAGGAACUAACAUGCAAACCUUUAUUUUUACUCGGGACUAGUCCAUAUGAAUAUUACAUAAAGAUUGCUGUGACAAACUAAAUAAAAUAAAAAUAACCAAAACAUGUCACAAAACAUACAGAGCAUUAUAAUAACAUAUUUAUAAAGGGGUAGGGAAAACAAUAUUAAACACAAAAUAUCUCUCCUGCCGGCAGAAUUGGCAAUAUGCAAACCUACCUGAAUAUGCAAAUAAGCAUGCCUUGUUAUUCAGGUAGUGCAUAUAGCUGUUGCUUGAUCCUUGCAACAAACAGCGUACAGGCUCCGUGGCCAAAUCCAUCUAGUUGAUUGCAAAAAUUAGCAAUGAGAACAGGAGACCACACUAACAUUUAACCCCAAAGAACCACAUUACACACACACCCUGCACCCACAAUGGACACAGGGUGACAUAGGAAUCAUCCAGAGACCUUAUUAAAGUGUCCAUCUUAUGUUCCCAAGGAUGGUGACUACCAUCACAGUCAGGAUCUUCAAAUUUUGAUUACAUUGACAUUGCUAAUGUGAAUGAUAGACAAAUGGUAUGCCAUCAUGGGGGUAAAUCUCAUUCCUGGGCUACCACAUGGUCUCAAAGGUAACAUUACUAAUCUGGCAAAUGUCAAUGUGAAAAAAAUGAAAAAUGGAUAUGUGCUACAUUUGACCCUUUAACUUUCCAAAACACCAUAAAAACUGUUAAUGGGGGCUACUGUUGUACUCGUGAGACUUUGCUGAAUCCAAAUAUGUGCUUUUUUUGCAGUAAAAGCUAACAGUAUUAUGACAUUUACAGCUAAAAUGUGAGGCGGAACUACAAAUUGUAAAAAUUUUUUUACAUUUCUCAGUUUUUUUAUUUUAUUCAUGAUAAAUUAUGUUUCAUAUAUAAAUAUUUGAUAUGAAAUGAAAGCCCCGUUUCUCCUGAACAAAAUGAUAUAUAAUAAGUGUGGGUACAUAUAAUAUGAAAGAGGUGAAUUACUGUUGAACAGACAUAGCGCAAAUUCCAUUUUUUUGUUUAUAUUUUGUUUUGAUCAGAACGUGUACUAUUGACUCUGUCCUGAAGGGGUUAAGGAAAAUAAUCACUCCUUUUCAUCAUGUUAUGACAAAUAAUUUAGUUUAUUCAAUCUCGUAUGACUGAUUUGGCAACAUUUCAAUCCAGCUAUGGGCCUUUGCCAAUCUUGGGUUGAAACUUUGCCAGCUUACACUUUUUAAAUUGAAUAAACUCCAUUACGUGUCAUUAGAUCUAGUUGUGGAGUUACUAUCAUUAGUGAGUCAUAGUUGGGCACAGUGUAACUUGAGAUUAGGUAUAUAAUAAUAGUAUGAUGUAAGUAAGAAUCACUGCAAGUAGAGGACUGCGAGAACAAGUAUAGCUGUGAAAGCUGCUUUAUAGAAUAAAAUACAAUUAGUUGAUAUAUUUUUACACUUUACAUUGUAAGUUAAACUGAUGGCAGUUGCUAAGCUGUUCUUCAUUUUAAAGUCACUCACCCAAAUCCGACCUGCAAAACCACAAACCGACAGAAAAUGUUCUGCUCUGUAUAUUCUAAUACUUGAUAAUUCCAAAGAUAGGAGAGGCAAUAUUUUAUUUAAAAAAAUGUUGGUUUUUUUUAGUUUUUUUUUUUUACCUAUUAUACAUUUGUGGGUGUCCAUGUGCAUUGUAUUGCCAGAACAGUGUGCUGCAGUGGAAACGCUAUCCCUUUCUAAUUGGUGGUAUAGCAGCAAGCAGAUGUAAAAAGGGCCAUGCCAAUAUAUAAUGGAAAUUGAAAGGUGAAUUCUCCACCCCCACAAUCAAUCACAUAUAAUAAAAUAAUUGAAUUGUCUAGUAAAACAAAGAUAAGAUGUUGGUGGAACAUUAACAACAGAUAAAACCUGGAUAUAAUAUGGUCAAGCUAUCUCUGCUUCGUGGUAUAACAUAAGUCACGUAUCCCUUUUUCUCUCUUAGAUGGCCUCUAUUGUAGGAGUUCAGAAUACUUGACAUGGAUAGGAGUGCUAGAAUACCUGUCAACAUUACAGAGAUUGCAUUAAAAAGUCUGGCACCAUUAUAACACACUGUAAUGUGUGGUGUUCACAUGUGAAGUGUUCAUGGGUGUUAGGAAUCUCUAUGUGCAGCAUUUCUGCUUGGAAAGAUGCACAUCCAAAGAUAUUUGCACUUUUUUGAUGGGGGCUAGUUGUAUCCCACACGUAAUCUAGGAAGCCCAGAACUCUGUUCCGGUCUGUGCAAAAAUUACAUCUGUCUUCUGCGCAUGACAUUAGUUUCUUUCUUGCAGGCAUUAAAUUAGCUUGUCUAUUGUAGGCAGCAAAUCUACACUCCCUUCCUCCCUUCUUUAAUUUAAGCCCUCUCCCUCCCCGCCAUACCUGCCUCCGUAUACCUUUAAAAGAACACUAUAGGGUCAGGAACACAACCAUGUAUUCCUGACCCUAUAGUGCUAAACCCACCAUUUAGAUGGUUUGCCCCCUUAAAAGCAAUUAAAACUCACCUUAUUUCUAGCGCCGCACGGGUCAGCCGGCACAGGGCCCGCCCCCUGGUGACAUCAUAAGAAUUGCCUUUUUUUUUGCCAAGCCAAUGCUUUCCCAUGGAGAAUGCAUUGGAUUGGCUAAAAUCGGCAAGGGCAGGGCCAAACACCGUUUUGGCCAAUCAGCACCUCCUCAUAGAGAUGCAUUAAAUCAGUGCAUCUCUAUGAGGAAAUGUCAGCGUCCCCAUGCAGUUCAUUGAGACGCAUCUGAGGAGUGGCCACAUGGAGGUGUCCGUAGGGGCAAUGUAAACACUGCCUUUUCUAUGAAAAGGCAGUGUUUGCAUUAAGAUGUCUGAAGGCAAUGAUUAUACUCACCAGUACAACUACAUUAAGCUGUAGUUGUUCUGGUGACUAUAGUGUCCCUUUAACAUUCCUUUUUUUAUCUCAGAUACCCUCUCUCUGUCCAUCUGCACUUUCUCCCUCCCUUUGCUGGCUCAGAGGGAUUAUAUGCACUCUGAGCCAGUGAAUCGGUUAAAUUUUGCAUUUUAUUAGACCAUGAGGGAGCACCAAUGACAUUGGACAAAGGCAUGGAAUCCAGCGAGAAACGCUUAACCCGGCACUGGAUUCCAGGUACGUUUGUCUUCUAUGUGCACGUUCAUAAAGAUUUAGUGAAUAAUGUUGAGUGGGGCACUGUAAACUAGAUUUUAGAGAUUUUAUAAAAAGAGUUAGAAAAUCCCUUUAAGACAAACCAGAUUUUGGUUAGUUAAAUUGGUUAAGUGUUCCCAUAUUUAAACUCUAGAGUAUAUCCAAGUCAUUGCAACCUAUGAGUGACUAGUAACUGUGGAUUUCAUGUUAUGUGGUGCUUAGUUAACCUCUUGGACAUUGCAGUACAUAAAAAAGCCUGACUUUUUUUUCUUUGUUAAUGCUUCAUUACCUUUAUUCUGAGAUGUUUCUUCUUGCUGCAGAAGGUGCAACUAACAAUAAACCAGCUCGCCUCAUUGGUGUUUCUUCUGGAUCCCUGAACACCCUUCCCCAUGGUGGGAAAUCUCCACACAUGCCUACAAAUGGUUGUUUACUACCUGUAGUGAUUGGAACCCAAAUUCCAGAUCGGUCAUUAGUCAUCGCAUCAACUUCUGCUCCCAUUGCACAUCGCACAAAUCACUCACGUCAGAAUUUGCUGGGUAUCAUCAAUUUGAAAAUAAACUGGUAAUUAUCUGUUUCCUCCGGACCUGAUUUCAUGCAUCAAAUAAAAUUCAGUUUCUGUUUAAGGAAAUGAACUUGAGUUAAUGCCAAUCAUCAUUUUUUACAUAAAGUCCUUCAAGAUGACCGAUUUCGAAGAAACUUUAAUAACCAGGUGUAUUUUUCAUGUGCUAUAAAUAUAAGCAAAUAGAGUCAAAGAAGUGACGAUCAUGAUAAAAUAUAUCUACCUGCUGCACUGACAUCCUGCCUCCUCAGGAGGAGAAGUGGUUAAAGCAGAACUAGCCUAAAAUACUAUUAUAAUCAGGGGUGUUGCUUGUGGGAUGACCUGGGUGAAAGCCAUAAGUGGUUCCUGAAAGGUCCUGGGUCCUAUUUUACCACCAUUUAAUUGAAAGUCUUGAGUUUCCUGAAAAUCUGCAACUGCGGUAUUAUUUCAAUAUUAAUGUUUGUAAUAUUGAGAGAAAAAUAACAAUCCUAUAGACAGAUGUACAAAGACCCAUUUACUGAUCUGCACAAUCUCGUAAUUACAAAUUGUGUAAUUAUGUAAUGAUUUAACAUAAAGAGUCCAAGUUUUGAAAAUGAAACAAAUAAAUGCUGAAAAGAGCCAUGAGAUUUACCUUUGGGCUAAAGCCCCUGGACUUUUUGUAACCUAUAAAAUACUCCUGGAUUUUGAUGCUCAUGAGUGCUCACCUUUUGAUUCACAGCCAAGUAGUCUAGGAAUUGUUUGAUGCACAUCACAACUAAUGGGAUCUUGUUGCGUACAUCCAGUGGGGAACGCUAUGCAAAAUAAGAUUUCUGUCAAGUAUUAUUAAUGUAUCUAAUAAAGAUAAGGCAAAAUGUUGGACUAAACUUCCAUCAUUCAGGGAGAACACAUUUAUACAUUGUUAUAAGUUCUGGGAAGAUGCACUCAGUCACUGUAGAUAGAUAAAUGCAUUUGACGUGAUAGACAAUGUUUCUUACACUGUUAAUUUUAU